AUUGAUAACGUCGGGGCGUUCAUGUGGCAGUCUCAGCUGAGGCAUCGCUGGGAUGACCAUAACAAGCACUGCUUCGCCAACAUCUGUGAUGCCCUGUUCAGAUACUCCUACGAGUACCUGGGAAACACCCCGCGAUUGGUCAUCACCCCGCUGACUGACAGGUGCACAGACCAAUCACAGCUCAGCUCAUAUGAAUUCUAUCUAAUCCAUCAAAAUAUAUAUUUUCACAUUUUAUCUUGACAGGAUGUUUCCUCUUCAAUACUCAGUUUGUGUCACGACUUCCUCUGAAGCUGCCACCUCUCCUUGUUCAGGCAGGCUUCGGCGUUCGUCGUCACCGGCCUUCUAGCCACUGCCGCUGUGAUGAGUGUGAUUAGAAGGAGUCAGGUGCAGGAGGGUAAAUCACCGAAUACAGAGUUUAUUUCGUCGUACACAGUUGCGCUGGAGAGCGACAACAAGGUACGGGUAGCUCCAACAUAAUACAGGCACAGGAGAAUAAUCUACCCCGGCAAUACAAGGUACGAGUAGCUCCACCGAGCUACACUCAACUCACAUAAAACAAUCACCCACAAGGACAAGGGGGCAGAGGGAACACUUAUACACGGACUAAUGAGGGGAUAUAACCAGGUGUGUGUAAUUGACAAGACAAGACAAAUGGAAUGAUGAUAUAUGGAGCGGCAGUGGCUAGUAAGCCGGUGACGACGAACGCUGAAGCCUGCCCGAACAAGGAGGGGAGGCAGCCUCGGCGGAAGUCGUGACAGUACCCCCCAUCCCCCCCCUUGACGCACAGCUCCACCAGCGCGACGGCCACGAGGACUUGGAGCAGGGCGAGCCGGAUGGCGACGGUGGAACUCCCGCAACAGGGAGGGAUCGAGGAUAUACCUCACCGGGACACAGCACCGUUCCUCCGGACCGUACCCCUCCCACUCCACAAGGUACUGAAGGCCCCCCACCCGACGCCUCGAAUCCAGGAUGGAACGGACAUAGUACGCCGGGGCCCCCUCGAUGUCCAGAGGAGGUGGAGGGACCUCCCGCACCUCAGACUCCUGGAGUGGACCAGCCACCACCGGCCUGAGGAGAGACACGUGAAACGAGGGGUUAAUACGGUAAUCAGGGGGAAGUAAUAACCUAUAGGUGACCUCGUUGAUUCUCCUCAGGACUUUGAACAGCCCCACAAACCGCGGGCUCAGCUUCCGGCAGGGCAGGCGGAGGGGCCACGGUGCCAGAACUGGUUGGUAACCUAAAACACAUUGGAAUGGCGUUAGGUUAGUAGAGGAGUGGCGGAGAGAGUUCUGGGCAUAUUCUGCCCAUGGCAAGAACACUGACCACUCCCCCGGCCAGUCCUGGCAGUAGGACCGCAGGAACCUACCCACAUCCUGAUUUACACGUUCCACCUGCCCAUUAGACUCAGGCUGACCGAGACCCCCAGACGUUCCAUGAACGCCUUCCAGACCUGGGAUGUGAACUGGGGACCUCAGUCAGACACUAUAUCCUCUGGUACCCCGUAGUGCCAGAAGACGUGUGUAAACAGGGCCUCCGCAGUUUGCAGAGCCGUGGGGAGACCGGACAGAGGAAGGAGGCGGCAGGCCUUGGAAAAGCAUUCCACAUCGACCAGAAUGGUGGUGUUACCUUGGGAGAGGGGAAGAUCAGUCAGGAAAUCAACACUUAGGUGAGACCAUGGUCGUUGUGGAACUGGUAAAGGUUGUAACUUACCCGCUGGUAGGUGCCUAGGUGCCUUACUCUGGGCGCACACUGAGCAGGAGGAGACAUACACCCUCACGUCCUUAGCCAAGGUUGGCCACCAGUACUUUCCGGUCAGGCAGCGCACUGUACGACCGAUACCUGGGUGACCAGAGGAGGGUGACGAGUGUGCCCAGUAGAUCAGACAAUCACGGAUAAGAGCAGGCACGUACCGCAGCCCAGCUGGACACUGAGGUGGAGAUGGAUCUGUGCGUAAUGCCUGCUCUAUAUCCGCGUCCAUCACCCAUACUACCGGCGCCACAAUGCAGGAGGCUGGGAGUAUGGGGGUGUUGUCUCUGGGCCUCUCCUCUGUGUCAUACAGCCGUGGCAAUGCGUCUGCCUUCACAAAGAAGAAACUCGAGGAGGCGGGUGAAGUGGAAAGUGAUCUGCUCACAAUGAGUCUCCUGGGUAAUCAUGGUGACUGGUGCAGUAACUUCCUGAACAAACCCGGACCCUAAUGGUCGACUAUCAAGUGCUCUGAUGGGGAGUGGAAUGGAUAGGGGAACCAAUGAAAUUCCUAGACGGCGUGAGAAUGCCCUGUCCAUAAAGUUCCAAACUACAUCUUAAUCGACUAGCGCCUUACACUGGGGAACUACCAUGUGAUCGGGAAAGUAGAUGGGUAGGGUACAGUGCGCAGCAGAGGGUAGUGUUUGAUACUUGAGGUGAUGCGAGAGUGCCCUGCCUGCCGCCUCCAGACCCAAAAGAGCGUUGACGACCACGUGUGGUGUACAGUCCCUUCGUGCCACCGAAGUGACACUCUCGCUGUCGUCCUCCGCUCUCUCGGAUCGCGGUUCCACCCAGCUCCAUCAGCUCGGGAUCCGAGUCGGCCGGGGUGGGAACGGGCAGACCCCUUCCAGGACGUCCUCUGGCUGCCAGCAGGUUGUCCAAACGGAUGAUCAUGUCCACCAGUUGCGUGAAGGACAACAUGGUGUCCCGGCAGGCUAGCUCCCAUCGGACGUCCUCCCGAAGAUGGCACCGGAAGUGGUCGAUCAGGGCCCGCUCGUUCCACCCGGACUCCACAGCAAGAUUCCGAAACUAGUCCUGCGCGGUCCUCGUCCCCUGCCUCAGGUGGACCAGCCGCUCGCCGCCACUCGACCUUUGGGCGGGUGAUCAAAGACAUCCCGAAAGAGGAGAGCGAACUCCCCGUAGUUCUCCAACGCGGCUCCUCCUUCGUUCCAAACCGCGUUGGCCCACUACAGGGCUUUCCCCGAGAGGCAGGAAACGAGGGCGGACACCUUUUCCCACUCCGAUGGGGCCGACCUGAUGCUGGAGAAGUAGAGCUCCAGUUGGAGGAGGAAUCCUUGGCAGAGCGCUGCCAUCCCGUCGAACUCCCGUGGUCAGGAUAUCUGGAUCCCUCCGGGUGCUGGGGUGUGGGUGGCUGGAUCCGGUUGGCCAGCUGAUCUCGAUAGAUCGGGUCCUCUCCUCUCUAGGCGUUGGACGACCUGAAGAACCCGAUCCAUCGCUUCCCCCAAGCUGGCCAGCAUCGUGGAAUGUUCAGUUCUGUUGUGUGAGUGAUCAUGUAAAGAGUUUCUGUCUCUCUCCCAGGUGUUACAUCACUCUGACCCAGUCUCUCCAUCUCAUCAUGGGUGGGGCUCCGGCCGGUCCUGCCGGUACCGGGAAGACAGAGACCACCAAGGAUCUGGGCCGAGCCCUCGGCAUCAUGGUCUAUGUAUUCAACUGCUCUGAGCAGAUGGAUUACAAGGUGAAUCUGUUGCUCAGACUUCUUAUAUUGCCAAAAAAUGUAAUCUUAUUCAAGCAUACAAUAGAUUCUGCUGUGGUUUUUUAAUUGGGCCUUAUGUUGUCCUGUCUUGCCAGUCUUGUGGAGACAUCUAUAAGGGUCUGGCUCAGACUGGGGCCUGGGGCUGCUUUGAUGAGUUCAACCGAAUCUCAGUGGAGGUGUUGUCUGUCAUCGCUGUGCAGGUAAGAUACUUCUCUAGUUCUCGACCCCUAAGAUACUUCUCUAGUUCUCGCCCCCUCCUCUCUUUCUUUCCCCCUAUCUCUCUCCCUCCUCUAUCUAUCUCUCUCUCUCAUGGUGACACUGACCCCCCCCCCCCCCCCUCCAGGUGAAGUCUGUUCAGGACGCUAUCAGAGAUAAGAAGAUAAUCUUUAACUUCCUGGGUGAGACCAUCAAGCUGAUCCCCACCGUGGGAGCCUUCAUCACCAUGAACCCGGGCUACGCUGGCCGUGCAGAGCUACCGGAGAACCUCAAGGCUCUGUUCAGGUACCAUACACAUAGUGGAUCUCUCUCUCUGCCUCUCUAUCUCGCAAACUCUCUUUCUCUCUUUAUCUUCUUUCUUCCUCUCUUUCUCGCAGACUGUUUCUUUCUCAGUCACUCUUUCACCAAAUAUUUAUCUCUUGCCCUUACUUGUCUUCAUACCUGAGUGUCUCUCUCCUGUAGGCCAUGUGCCAUGGUGGUGCCGGACUUUGAGUUAAUCUGUGAGAUCAUGUUGGUGGCUGAAGGCUUCAUCGACGCCAGAGUCCUGGCCAGGAAGUUCAUCACCCUCUACACCCUCUGCAAAGAGCUGCUCUCCAAACAGGUACAGUAGCUACCUCACUGCUUUAAUACACUGUCACUCUCAUCCUGCUCACCCUUCAUUCGCCUUGCUGUCUGCUCACAACACAGAGAUUUUACAUCCUCACCAUCUCUUUAAAACAUCUUCAUAGUUUCCUUUGUGGUGUGUGUGUUUGUUUGUGUACAGGACCACUAUGACUGGGGUCUGCGUGCCAUUAAGUCCGUGCUAGUGGUGGCCGGCUCUUUGAAGAGAGGAGACCCGGGUCGCCCGGAGGACCAGGUCCUGAUGAGAGCUCUAAGAGACUUCAACGUCCCCAAGAUCGUGAUGGACGACUCACCUGUGUUCCUGGGACUGAUCGGAGACCUGUUCCCUGCUCUGGACGUCCCCAGGAAGAGAGACAUGGACUUUGAGAAGGUCGGACACGCACAAACACACACACACACUUGCCUCUCCUUAGCUAGACAGAGCACAUGACAGAGGUGGGAAGGGCAGAAAUAACAUGAGCAUUCAUAUAAAUGUACACCUGUGUUUAUACAGUAUCUGUGUAUCAUCUGUAGCAAAAAAAUACUUUUUUACAGUUGUCUAUGUUAAAAAAGUAGUUUCUGAUGCUACAGAUGUAGGAUCAGAAUUUGAUCACCCUGUUGCAGGAUAACGUUUCUGCAAUGCAGAAAAAAUUGUAGUGUAUUUGUGGUUUAAAAAGGCUUCUGAAAUUUGUAAUUUCCACUAAAUGUCAGACUUGAUUUUCCCUUAAAUAUAUCAACCCCUACAAAAAAUGUCCAUUCAUUAUAAUCCACAUAAUAAUUCACAUUUCCUGUUGCUUCAGGAUUAUUUUCCUGCUGUAGCAAACUGGCUCAAAUAAAGAUCCUACAUCUGUAACUGAGAUAGUCGUUGUGUGGGUGUGUAUCAGGUAGUGAAGCAGUCAGUGCUGGACCUGAAUCUGCAGGCGGAGGACAGUUUUAUCCUGAAGGUGGUUCAGCUGGAAGAGCUGCUGGCCGUCCGACAUUCCGUCUUCAUCAUCGGCAACGCCGGCACCGGCAAGUCCAAGGUACCAUAAACCCUCAUCCCUCUAACCUCUAUUGUGCACCACUCUUUUUCUAUAUUUUUCUGACUCCAAUUGUCUGGAAAGAGUGUGCAUUUCAAAUGCCACCCUAUGGGCCCUGGUCAGAAGUAGUGCACUAAAUAGGGAAAAGGGUGGGAUGGAGCCAAAUAUUCUGUUCGGUUAGAAGCCAACACUGUUGUGUUGUGUCUCCAGGUGAUGCGCUCGCUGAAUAAGACCUAUCAGAACAUGAAGAGGAAGCCGGUGAUCGUGGAUCUGGACCCCAAGGCUGUCACCUGUGACGAGCUGUUUGGCAUCAUCAACCCUGCCACCCGAGAGUGGAAGGACGGUACGAUGGAACUAGUGAGGCUAUAAUAUAGUUGAAAUGUGUAGUCAAUGAAGCCCUAACAACACACUAAGUAAAGAAGCUUUGCAUCUGGACUUCUCUCUCUAGUUCUAGGCACACGGCCCCAUCUGUACAACCUGAGUUAAUAGUGUUGAAGUGUUUUUGAGUAGUGUUGCACGGUAUACCAGUACCACGGUAAUAUCACGGUACCAAAACGUCAUGAUACUUAUGAUACCAACAUUUUAGACUACCGUAGUACCGUUUCAUAUGAUACUACCGACUUUUUCAUCCCUACCAUUCUAAAGAACCUGCUGGCGCCUGUUAUAUAAUGUUUCUAAAGUCAGUUUGGUUUAUGAAUUCAGUUGAAUUUAAGCAACAGCCACUAGUCUCUUGUAUGGGCAGGUCCAAUAAUAUCCACUUCACUUUCAUGCACAUAUCACGUGUAGCAGCUGUAAUCAGCCAGCUGCAUCCCAUACCAGCCCUCACUCACCUGCUUCUCUCCGUCCGCUCUUCACGCACGUCUAUUCCUCCGUCAGUUAAAAAUAUAUAUCAUUUAGCCGGGAUGCAGACCCAGACCCUGAUAAGUCUUUUGUUGUUAGAUUUGUUACAUUGGAGCAGCGUGCAAAGCGAGCAAUGUUGAUACAUUGUAUAAUUUAAUCACCUGUUAUAACCAAGAGGACAGACCAGUCUAAGUAGACUUUGCAAGUUCACUGUCAUGCAGCCUCUGAGUGUCAGAGAGGGAAAAUGGAGCACUGCAACAGGCAUGCUUGCAGCUUUACAGCAAAGAAAAUUGCUUGUCUCUAGCCUAAACGGUUCAAUAUGACCCAUAUUACCGGAUAUGCCUUUUUUAAUUUCUAUCCGGAAUCGCACACAAACCAUGUCGCAGGCCGUUUUAAACUAAUCCCGGGUCGCUAAUUAUUGGUUUGAUAACCAACAAUGUUGUUCAUUCAUGUUACCUAGCUAGCUAACAUCCUGGUAACUUGACAGUAGGUUUAGGUAAUUUGAUUGGCACAGGAAGAAAUGAAAUGGGUCUGCUACCCAUGAGAUGUGCUUCAAAAGAUAGGAUUCAUAUAGGCCUAAUGUAAUCCUAAACUACAUCAAAAAUCUAUUUAUUUCUGGUGCACCUUAAAUUCUGUUUAGUGCCUAACGUUUUAAAAGUAGGGAGCAGUGUGUGUGUGUUUGUGGGAGAGGGAGAGUGGUGUGUUUAUGAGAGUGAGGGAGACAGAGAGAGUGUGUCUAUGUUAACUGAAGAGUAAACAUGGUUUCAUGCAGUGUUUUCCCCUGACUGACACAAUGACAUGCAGAUCAUGCAUGUAUAUCAAGAUCAUGCAUGUAUAUCACAGGAAGUUGGUGGCACCUUAAUUUGGGAGGACGGGCUCGUGGUAAUGGCUGGAGCGGAAUAGGUGGAAUGGUAUCAAACAUGGUUUCUAGGUAUUUGAUGCCAUUCCAUUUGCGCCGUUCCAGCCAUUUGCGCCGUCCUCCCUUCAGCAGCCUCCACUGAUGUACUGUUUAUUCCUUCCUCCCAUUCCUCUAGCCAAAUCACAGGUAGGCCUUUGCAAAUAUGAGCAAAUCAGCGUUCUUGUUAGGCUAUGGUUAAACCCAGCACUCAGAGAAACAAAACACGACUAAGGGAGUGGAAGAAACAAAAAUGCUUUUAAUAAAAAUUCAAUUUGUCUUAGUCCAAAAAACAACUGAAGAAAAGGAACAGAGUGGGCUAGUCGGCUCCGGAGGAAGGAGAGGCUGAGGCAGGCAGGCAGGCAGGGAGGUAUGUCUGAACUGAAGACAACACAAACGACAGGUUAAGGAGAGUAAAGAGCCAGGCUGAAGACAAAGACAAUUAAACUCUACUGGUGAGCUAAGUUACCGCUCUAGUAAGAACAACGAUCUGGCGCCGGUGGAGAGCCAUGCCCAGGAAUUAGUAGUGCAGGUUGAUGAGAGAAUAGGAUGCAGCUGCGUAGGCAGGAAUCACUGGAAACAACCCGCAGCUGCACAGGAGAAGCAGAUCCUAAGCACGCCCCCCGAUCCACUCCAGACACACACCGGCAGACGCACCAACAUAAUGGGGACAAACCCACAUACAGAUACAACAGACAAAUAGGGGACAAAACAAGGAGGAAGGGAAACAGAAAAGGGAGAGACAAGCUGCCCACAUAACAGUUCUAUGCAGUAUUAAAUUAUACACUGAACAGUGGGAAGUUAAAUUCAAUGUGUUGUAUUGAGUAGAAGUGUGAAUUUCAGUUUUUGGAGAAUGUUUAGAAAAUGUGACGGGGCGAACAGGAUGCUAGGCCACAGAUUUUUCCACCACCGUGGUAUCGUGAUACUACUUGGUAUCGUGAUACUUGCCCUGGUAUCAUAUCGUUUGUAAAAUGUUGGUAUCGUGACAAGCCUAUUUUGGAGUCUGUCUGGUUGUUGUCUAAUGUUGUGUGCCACGCUGGUUUCAGGUCUUUUCUCCUGUGUGAUGAGAGAUCUGGCCCUCAUCAGCCAUGAUGGGCCCAAGUGGAUCGUACUGGACGGAGACAUCGACCCUAUGUGGAUCGAAUCCCUCAACACUGUCAUGGACGACAACAAGGUCUGUCUGUGUGUGUAUGUGUGUACCUUGAGGUUUUGGGAUGCCGUGUCCUUUCCUCAGGGUGAUCUGGAACACCUCCAGGUUGGGGAUUUUGGCAGCGAGGCGAGACUGCUUGUGUGUGUGUGUUUGUGUGGUGUAUUCAGGUCAUAUGGUCCUAACCCCGUGUGUGUGUCUGUGUAGGUAUUGACUCUGGCCAGUAAUGAGCGCAUCCCUCUUAACUCCACCAUGCGUCUGGUGUUUGAGAUUAAGGACCUGCGGACGGCCACUCCAGCCACCGUGUCCCGUGCAGGAAUCCUCUUCAUCAACUCUGCUGACCUGGGAUGGAGCCCGUCAGUACCUCCCUACACAUACACUAUAUAUACAAAAGUAUGUGGACACCCCUUCAAAUUAGUGGAUUCUGCUAUUUCAGCCACACCCGUUGCUGACAGGUGUAUGAAAUCGAGCACAUAGCCAUGCAAUCUCCAUAGACAAAAAUUGGCAGUAGAAUGGCCUUACUGAAGAGCUCAAUGACUUUCAACGUGUCACCGUCAUUGGAUGCCACCUUUCCAACAAGUCAGUUCAUCAAAUGUCUAUCAUGCUAGAGCUGCCCCGGUCAACUGUAAGUGCUGUUAUUGUGAAGUGGAAAUGUCUAGGAGCAACAAUGGCACACCCGCGAAGUGGUAGGCCACACAAGCUCACAGAACGGGACCACCGAGUGCUGAAGCGCGUAAAAUGUUUCUGUCCUCGGUUGCAACACUCACUACCAAGUUCCAAACUGCCUCUGGAAGCAACGUCAGCACAAGAACUGUUCGUCGGGAGCGUCAUGAAAUGGGUUUCCAUGGCCGAGCAGCCGCACACAAGCCUAAGAUCACCAUGCGCAAUGCCAAGCGUCGGCAUUGGACUCAGGAGCAGUGGACAUGCGUUCUCUGGAGUGAUGAAUCAUGCUUCACCAUCUGGCAGUCCGACGGACGAAUCUGGGUUUGGCGGAUGCCAGGAGAACUCUAACUUCCCCAAUGCAUAGUGCCAACUAUAACAUUUGGUGGAGGGAUAAUAAUGGUCUGGGGCUGUUUUUCAUGGUUUGGGAUAGGCCCCUUAGUUUCAGUGAAGGGAAAUCUUAAUGCUACAGCAUACAAUUACAUUCUAGACGAUUCUAUGCUUCCAACUUUGUGGCAACAGUUUGGGGAAGGCCCAUUCCUGUUUCAGCAUGACAAUGCUCUCGUGCACAAAGUGACAUCCAUACAGUAAUGGUUUGUCAAGAUAGGUGUGGAAGAACUUGACUGGCAUGCACAGAGCCCUGACCUCAACCCCAUCGAACACCUUUGGAAUGAAUUGGAACGCCGACUGUGAGCCAGGCCUAAUCGCCCAACAUCAGUGCCCGACCUCACUAAUGCUCUUGUGGCUGAAUGGAAGCAAGUCCCUGCAGCAAUGUUCCAACAUCUAGUGGAAAGCCUUCCCAGAAGAGUGGAGGCUGUUAUAGCAGCAAAGGGGGGACCAACUCCAUAUUAAUCCCCAUGAUUUUGGCAUGAGAUGUUCGAGAGGCAGGUGUCCACAUACUUUUGGUAAUGUAGUGUACAUUAAAUUGAACACCUUGGUUGGUGUCCCAAAUGACACCCUGUUCCCUAUAUAGUGUACUACUUUUGAACAGGGACAAUAGGGCUCUGGUCAAAAGUAGUUCACUACAUGGGGAAUAGGGUGCCAUUUGGGAUGCGGUCCUCAAGUCAUAUUGUCGUUAUAUAACACAUCAGGGUUGGGGUCAAUUACAAUUUAAUUUGAAAUUCCAAUUCAAUUCUUGAAUUCACACAUAAAGUUGAAAAUGUAUGUUGAAUUCCAUUCGAAUUUCAACAAUCUUCAAGUUAUGGAAUUGGAAUUAGACUGUUUGAAUUGGAAUUGCACAAAAGAAAAAAAGAAAGGGGAAUUGAUUUGAAUUAGAAUUCAAUAUUUGUACAUUUCCCAGUUGAUGGAAUUAAUGCAUUUAGUAUAAGAAAUGGAGUGCAAUUUGUUUUUCUAUAGUUCCAGGAUACCUAUGCUGUGUGAACAGUGACAUGAUCAGCCUAAAAGCCUGAGGGAAUUUAAUUCUAAUUGGAAUUUGUGGAAUUGUUGGGGAUAAUAUUUCAUUGGGAAUUGAAUUAUUGGAAUUUACCUAACAUUGGAAUUCAGAAGAAUUGAAUUAUCUCUGAAUUCAAAGUCUGACCUGGAAUUUGAAUUGAAUUUAAUGGAAUUUACAGGGAGAGGGAAUUGAAUUAGAAUCCAUUAAUUUGUGGAAUUAACCCUAAACCUGCAACACAUUUAUUGACCUGAGUGACCUUGUGUCCUGUCUGUCUGUGUGUUCCUUCAGGGUGGUGACCAGCUGGAUCGAGAAGCGAGAGGUCCAGUCGGAGAAAGCCAACCUGUUCAUCCUGUUUGACAAGUACUUGCCUACCUGUCUGGAGAAGCUCAAGUUCGGCUUCAAGAAGAUCACUCCUAUCCCAGAGGUCACACUGGUCCAAACCCUGCUCCACUUCAUGGAGUUUCUACUGGUGCCUGAGAACACCCCGCCCGACUCCAACAAAGAACUCUACGAGCUCUACUUUGUGUUCGCCUGCGUCUGGGCCUUUGGAGGGGCCAUGUGCCAGGACCAGGUAGCUACCCACUCAGGACUACGUUCAUUCUCAAGGGGUGCAGGGUUCUCCCCAAAUAAUGUAAGAGGAGUGCUGCGCCACCUUGUGGACUGGCUGCGCCACUAUGUAAAAUAAAAAAUAAAGUAAAAAGAUUGCAGGAAAUGGCAGUUACAGGUGUUCAAGAACACAAAAAUCUCUGAGUCCAAAGGGGGUCACUGCACCCCUCUAGGGCCCUCGUCAAAUGUAGUGCACUGUAUAGGGAAUAACAUGCAAUUUCAGAUGCAGCCAGGGUAACAUUUUUACAGUGCAAAAUGCAGACUCUCCAUGAACAAGUGAAGGAAAGUGACACUCAAGAGUUCUGUCUAACCUAACUUCUCUCUCUCUCUCUCUCUCUGUCUCUGUCUCUGUGUGUGUUUGGUCCGUAGCUGACAGACUACCGUGUGGAGUUCAGUAAGUGGUGGGUGAAUGAGUUUAAGACCAUCAAGUUCCCGUCUGCAGGGACUGUGUUUGACUACUACAUUGACAGAGUCUCCAAGAAGUUCCAGCCCUGGACAGAGUUAGUCCCCAAGUUCCAGCUGGAUCCAGACCUCCCACUGCAGGUCAGAGUCCUGUCUGUCUACCUGGCAACUCACCCAAUUAAUGAAUGACACGUGGAGUAACUCUUAGCUCCUAGGACUCUUAGGACAUUGUAGUUUGUCUUUGCUAUGAGGUGCUCUGCAACAAUAAAUUGAGAUUUUGGAGAGUUAAUUGAGCUGACAGCCGUUUUGCAAUGUUUAGCUAUGGCUUUAGUCAUCAAUCUAGCAAGAGGGCAAUAUUUUAUGAAUGUAGUAGUGUGUGUGUGUCCCCCACCCCCCAGAAAGCUAUGACCUUUGGCUUUCACCUGGAAUAGUUUAUUUAUGUCUGAAUAAAACACACUUUUCAACCCAUAUGAUCUAGUACACAAUAAAAGUAUAAUAGAACAUAUACAGAUAUGAUUAAAUAAAUAAAACUUGUGAAUGAAUAAGCCUUUUCAUACUUUAGUCAAAAUCAGUUAAAUUUCUGGAUGUCUAACAUUUGGGCCAUUUAAACAGCAUGUGUCCCGCCUACAGACAAGGGGAGAAGGGCUAUGUAAAGGGAUUGAUUUUUUCGUUCUGAGCAUAUGCAAUGUGUCUGCCUCCGACGUAAAACAAAUGUUUGACUUCCACACAAAAUUACUUCUUUACUUAUUUUAGGUUUAAGAAAGUGUGUAGGUCGCAUUCUUUAUCGUAGAUCUAUAACAGUUAUGUAUUUCGAUCCGCCUGCUUGAGACAAAUUCUGCGAUUGCUUUGCCAUGUCUGUGCCAUGAAGCAGUCGGCAGGUAGCUUAGUGGGUAAGAGCGUUGUGCCAGCAACCGAAAGGUCGCUGGUUCUAAUCCCCGAGCCGACUAGGUGAAAAAUCUGUCGAUGUGCCCUUGAGCAAGGCACUUAACCCUAAUUGCUGCUGUAAGUCGCUCUGGAUAAGAGUGUCUGCUAAAUGACAAAAAAAAAAUAAUAAUAAAAAAAAAGCAGUCGAGCUGCUUUGAUGUAAUGUUGCAUUGAAGUGAUAUAAAUCAAUGUAAUGAUGCAGCCGACCACCAGAGGGAGGCAAAUACAAGUUUAUUCGACAGAGGAUGUUUACAUGGUCCUAGUAAGGUCUGGAUGGCUGUCUUCUGACUUAUAAAACAGUGAGAAAUCAAUCAAAUAAGUCAUGUAAACAUAUACAUAUUUUUUAAAGGAAUUCUAGUGCCCGAUUUCGGGGACUGUCAGCUUAAGAUGAUUACUAAGCACCAGAUUUUGGAGAGUUAUUCUGCUGACCUUUACCCUCUGUCUCCUGUUCCUCUCAGGCGUCUCUGGUUCACACGGCUGAGACCAUCCGUAUCCGCUACUUCAUGGACAAACUGAUGGAGAGGAAGUGUCCUGUGAUGUUGGUGGGCAACGCGGGCAGUGGCAAGUCAGUCCUGAUGGGAGACAAGCUCCGCGGCCUCAGCACUGAUUACUAUGUGGUCCAGUCUGUCCCCUUCAACUUCUACACAACCUCGGCCAUGCUGCAGGCCAUCCUUGAGAAACCCCUGGAGAAGAAGGCAGGCCGGAACUAUGGCCCCCCCGGCAGCAAGAGUCUCAUCUACUUCAUAGACGACAUGAACAUGCCUGAGGUCGACAAGUACUUCACUGUGGCUCCGCACACACUCAUCCGCCAGCACAUGGACCACGGACACUGGUACGAUCACAACCACUGACUAGUCAACCACAACAUAACUACAAUCACUAUUUUGAUCCUACUACAGUGAGGGAAAAAAGUUUUUGAUCCCCUGCUGAUUUUGUAUGUUUGCCCACUGACAAAGACAUGAUCAGUCUAUAAUUUUAAUGGUAGGUUUAUUUGAACAGUGAGAGACAGAAUAACAAACAAAAAAUGAAAAACGCAUGUCAAAAAUUGUAUAAAUGGAUUUGCAUUUUAAUGAGGGAAAUAAGUAUUUGACCCCUCUGCAAAACAUGACUUAGUACUUUGUGGCAAAACCCUUGUUGGCAAUCACAGAGGUCAGACGUUUCUUGUAGUUGGCCACCAGGUUUGCACACAUCUCAGGGAUUUUGUCCCACUCCUCUUUGCAGAUCUUCUCCAAGUCAUUAAGGUUUCGAGCCUGACGUGUGUUUUGGGUCAUUGUCAUGCUGGAAUACCCAUCCACAACCCAUUUUCAAUGCCCUGGCUGAGGGAAGGAGGUUCUCACCCAAGAUUUGACGGUACACGGCCCCGUCCAUCGUCCCUUUGAUACGGUGAAGUUGUCCUGUCCCCUUAGCAGAAAAAUACCCCCAAAGCAUAAUGUUUCCACCUCCAUGUUUGACGGUGGGGAUGGUGUUCUUGGGAUCAUAGGCAGCAUUCCUCCUCCUCCAAACACGGCGAGUUGAGUUGAUGCCAAAGAGCUCGAUUUUGGUCUCAUCCGACCACAACACUUUCACCCAGUUCUCCUCUGAAUCAUUCAGAUGUUCAUUGGCAAACUUCAGACGGGGCUGUAUAUGUGCUUUCUUGAGCAGGGGGACCUUACGGGCGCUGCAGGAUUUCAGUCCUUCACGGCGUAGUGUGUUACCAGUUGUUUUCUUUGUGACUAUGGUCCCAGCUGCCUUGAGAUCAUUGACAAGAUCCUCCCGUGUAGUUCUGGGCUGAUUCCUCACCGUUCUCAUGAUCAUUGCAACUCCACGAGGUGAGAUCUUGCAUGGAGCCCCAGGCCGAGGGAGAUUAAUAGUUUCUUCCAUUUGCGAAUAAUCGCACCAACUGUUGUCACCUUCUCACCAAGCUGCUUGCCGAUGGUCUUGUAGCCCAUUCCAUCCUUGUGUAGGUCUACAAUCUUGUCCCUGACAUCCUUGGAGAGCUCUUUGGUCUUGGCCAUGGUGGAGAGUUUGGAAUCUGAUUGAUUGAUUGCUUCUGUGGACAGGUGUCUUUUAUACAGGUAACAAGCUGAGAUUAGGAGCACUCCCUUUAAGAGUGUGCUCCUAAUCUCAGCUCGUUUCUUGUAUAAAAGACACCUGGGAGCCAGAAAUCUUUCUGAUUGAGAGGGGGUCAAAUAUUUAUUUCCCUCAUUAAAAUGCAAAUUAAUUUAAAACAUUUUUGACAUGCGUUUUUCUGGAUUUUGUUGUUGUUAUUCUGUCUCUCACUGUUCAAAUAAACCUACGAUUCAAAUUAGACUGAUAAUUUAUUUAUUAAAACAUAAUGUUAACUUUCACUGCUAUGCGGAUGACACACAGCUGUACAUUUCAAUGAAACAUGGUGAAGCCCCAAAAUUGCCCUCGCUAGAAGCCUGUGUUUCAGACAUAAGGAAGUGGAUGGCUGAAAACUUUCUACUUUUAAACUCGGACAAAACAGAGAUGCUUGCUCUAGGUCCCAAGAAACAAAGAGAUCUUCUGUUAAAUCUGACAAUUCAUCUUGAUGGUUGUAAAGUCGUCUCAAAUAAAACUGUGAAGGACCUCGGCGUUACUCUUGACUCUGAUCUCUCUUUUGACGAACAUAUCAAGACUGUUUCAAGGACAGCUUUUUUCCAUCUACGUAACAUUGCAAAAAUCAGAAAUUUUCUGUCCAAAAAUGAUGCAGAAAAAUUAAUCCAUGCAUUUGUUACUUCUAGGUUAGACUACUGCAAUGCUCUACUUUCCGGCUACCCGGAUAAAGCACUAAAUAAACUUCAGUUAGUGCUAAAUACGGCUGCUAGAAUCCUGACUAGAACCAAGAAAUUUGAUCAUAUUACUCCAGUGCUAGCUUCCCUACACUGGCUUCCUGUUAAGGCAAGGGCUGAUUUCAAGGUUUUACUGUUAACCUAUAAAGCGUUACAUGGGCUUGCUCCUACCUAUCUUUCCGAGUUGGUCCUGCCGUACAUACCAAUACGUACGCUACGGUCACAAGACGCAGGCCUCCUAAUUGUCCCUAGAAUUUCUAAGCAAACAGCGGGAGGCAGGGCUUUCUCCUAUAGAUCUCCAUUUUUAUGGAACAGUCUGCCUACCCAUGUGAGAGACGCAGACUCGGUCUCAACCUUUAAGUCUUUACUGAAGACUUAUCUCUUCAGUAGGUCAUAUGAUUGAGUGUAGUCUGGCCCAGGAGUGUGAAGGUGAACGGAAAGGCUCUGGAGCAACGAACAGCCCUUGCUGUCUCUGCCAGGCCGGUUCCCCUCUCUCCACUGGGGUUCUCUGCCUCUAACCCUGUUACAGGGGCUGAGUCACUGGCUUGCUGGUGCUCUUUCAUGCCGUCCCUAGGAGGGGUGCGUCACUUGAGUGGGUUGAGUUACUGACGUGAUCUUCCUGUCUGGGUUGGCGCCCCCCCUUGGUUUGUGCUGUGGUGGAGACCUCUGUGGGCUAUACUCGGCCUUGUCUCAGGAUUGUAAGUUGGUGGUUGAGGAUAUCCCUCUAGUGGUGCGGGGGCUGUGCAUUGGCAGAGUGGGUGGGGUUAUAUCCUUCCUGUUUGGCCCUGUCCGGGGGUUUCUUCGGAUGGGGCCACAGUGUCUCCGGACCGCUCCUGUCUCAGCCUCCAGUAUUUAUGCUGCAGUAGUUUAUGUGUCGGGGGGCUGGGGUUAGUUGGUUAUACCUGGAGUACUUCUCCUGUCUUAUCCAGUGUCCUGUGUGAAUUUAAGUAUGCUCUCUCUAAUUCUCUCUUUCUCUCUGAGAACCUGAGCCCUAGGACCAUACGUCAGGACUACCGGGCAUGAUGACACCUUGCUGUCCCCAGUCCGCCUGGCCUUGCUGCUAUUCCAGUUUCAACUGUUCUGCCUGCGGUUACGAAACCCCUACCUGUCCCAGACCUGCUGUUUUCAACUCUUAAUGAUCGGCUAUGAAAAGCCAACUGAGAGACCUGAGCCCUAGGACCAUACGUCGGGACUACCGGCCGUGGUGACUCCUUGCUGUCCCCAGUCCGCCUGGCCUUGCUGCUAUUCCAGUUUCAACUGUUCUGCCUGCGGUUAUGGAACCCCUACCUGUCCCAGACCUGCUGUUUUCAACUCUUAAUGAUCGGCUAUGAAAAGCCAACUGAGAUUUAUUCCUGAUUAUUAUUUGACCAUGCUUGUCACUUAUGAACAUUUUUGAACAUCUUGGCAUGGUUCUGUUAUAAUCUCCACCCGGCACAGCCAGAAGAGGACUGGCCACCCCUCAUAGCCUGGUUCCUCUCUAGGUUUCUUCCUAGGUUUUGGCCUUUCUAGGGAGUUUUUCCUAGCCACCGUGCUUCUACACCUGCAUUACUAGCUGUUUGGGGUUUUAGGCUGGGUUUCUGUACAGCACUUCGAGAUAUUAGCUGAUGUAAGAAGGGCUAUAUAAAAUACAAUUGAUUGAUUGAUUUGUCAGUGGGCAAACGUACAAAAUCAGCAGGGGAUCAAAUACUUUUUUCCCUCACUGUAUCUCUCUCACCCUCUCUACCUCUCUCCCCUCUCCUCCUCUCUCCCUACCUAUCAUCCCCCUCUCCCUGCCUCCCUUCUCAGGUAUGACAGAGCCAAGCUGACUCUGAAGGACAUCCAUAACUGCCAGUACGUGGCCUGUAUGAACCCUACAGCUGGCAGCUUCACCAUCGACCCCCGACUGCAGGUACUCACCAGACUAACGCUAAAUACAAGGUUGGAGAAGAAGCGUAUUAGAAACCUCUCUAGUCGUUCUGUUUUAGACUGCUCUUAACCCUCUGCAUCCCAUAGUUGCCUUAUGUAUGGUAAGAUACUGUAACACUGAUCCUCGUCAGAGAGAGAGGAAGCGAGAGAGAGAGAAGAAGAGAGCGCGAAGAGCGAGGAAAGCGAUAGCGUAGAGAGAGAGAGAGAGAGAGCGAGAGAGUAGAUAUAGAGAGAGCAGAGAGAUAGCGGAGAUCUGAGAGAGAGAGACUAGAGAGAGAUGCGAACGUGCGUAGAUCUAUCUCUCUCUCUCUCUCUCUAUACUCGAUCUCUCUAUAUCGCGAUCUCUAUCUCCUCUCUCGCUCUCUCUCUCUCUCUCUCUCUCUCUCUCUCUCCUCCUUCUCUCUCUCUCUCUCAGAGGCACUUCUGUGUCUUUGCGGUGAGUUUCCCGGGCCAGGACGCACUCCAAAGCAUCUAUAACUCCAUCUUCUCCCAACAUCUGGACAUGAAUGGCUUUCUCCCCGCCGUCAAGAAGUUCUGCUCCACGCUGGUCACCUCUGCAAUCAGUAAGAACACUACAGAGAAACACUUAGAUAAUCGUCAUGUCAAACUGAAAAUGUAAUGACUUAAUUCAACAUCUCAUCCGAUUUAACUUCUCAUUUUAUGACAUUGAACUAGUGUCAGAGAUGGGGGAAACCAAUGCAGUAUAUAGGCCUACAGUAUUUGCCCUGUCUCCAUGUUCUUACCUGUCUGUGUGUGUAUUUUCUUCUCCAGUGUUCCACCAGAGGAUCUCCACUUCCUUCCUUCCCACGGCAGUCAAGUUCCACUAUGUCUUUAACCUCAGAGACUUGUCCAACAUCUUCCAGGUAAACCCUUCUCCCUUACAGCUAUCUAUAUGAUGGGCAUCUUGAUCAUACAUUGUAAAGUUGGUUUGAGACACUGGAAUGACCCACUGGCUCAUGUUUGUUAUGAAUUACUGUGGAGAGGAGGGAGGUAUCUUGCUGUGUGUGUGUGUGUGUGUGUGUGUGUAAAUGUGGUGAGAGAUCAUCAUCAUGUUAGUGCAUGUGUGUGAGAUGUUCAAUUCGUCCCUCUGUGUCUCUCCUGUCUGCUGCCAGGGUCUUCUGUUCUCCAUGCCAGAGUGUGUGAAGGCUCCUGCUGAGCUGGUGAGACUGUGGCUUCAUGAGUGUGACCGUGUGUACGGAGACAAGCUAGUGGAUGAGAAGGACAUGGUGCUGUUUGCCAAGAUCAAGGGAGAGAUCUGCAAGAAGUGCUUCGAGGUACGACUUAACACACACACAUGCACUCAUUGUCUGACAUUGAGAAAAAACUCAAAACUAAUGGUGAACUAAUGGUGAAUAAAGUAAUUCAAUAUUAACAGCAGAUUUCUCAUUGUCCAUAUCGGUGUGUAUUUUCCUCUGUCUGCAGGAAAUAGAUGCAGGUUUCCUCUUUGAGAAGCCCAACAUCUUCUGCCACUUUGCCCAAGGCAUUGGCGAGCCCAAAUACUUCCCUAUUCCAGACUGGGUGGUUCUGAACAAGCUGCUACUGGAGGGCCUGGACAGCUACAACGAAGUCAACGCUGUCAUGAACCUGGUGAGUCCACCACGACACACUACAAAAGCAAAUACCUGGUGUUGGUAUCGCGUCUUCACUGGAGAGUAACCAGAGUAGCUAAAAACCUGAUUGAGAUGAAGAGAGAGUCCUAGACCUUCCUGUUGUGACCCUGUUUGUGUGUGUGUGUGUGCGCGUGCAUGCGUGUGUGGUCUCCAGGUGCUGUUUGAGGACGCCAUGUCCCAUAUCUGCCGAAUCAACCGUAUCCUGGAGUCUCCUCGUGGUAACGCCCUGCUGGUCGGGGUGGGCGGCAGCGGCAAGCAGUCUCUGUCUCGCCUCGCUGCCAGCAUCGCAAACCUGGAGGUGUUCCAGAUCACCCUGAGGAAAGGCUACGGCAUCCCCGACCUCAAGGUGUGAUGCUAUGCUCUGGCCAACUGUUAACCUCUGUAAAGAUGCUGAGACAUCUAUCAUCAUCCUCAUCAUCCUUCCUUUCCCUCGCCCCACUCUUCCCCCGCCCUCCUCUCUCCUCCCCCUCUCCCCACCCUCCUUUCCCUCCCCCCUCCCUGUCUCUUGGUAGUUGGACGUGGCCGCCCAGUACAUGAAGGCUGGGGUGAAGAACAUAGGGACGGUGUUCCUGAUGACCGACAGCCAGGUGGCCGAGGAGGAGUUCCUGGUGCUGAUCAAUGACCUGCUGGCGUCGGGCGAGAUCCCCGGUCUAUUCCAAGACGAUGAGGUGGAGAACAUCAUCGUUGCCAUGAGGAACGAGGUCAAGGCUGUGGGCCUGCCAGACUCACGUGAAAACUGCUGGAAGUUCUUCAUCGACAGAGUCCGCAAACAGCUCAAGGUGAUACUCAGUGUGGCCAGUCUGGCUUGUCAUUGGGGGUUGUUGAGGGUUUUGGUCUGUAUGUUCAGCAGCGUUACAGAGGGGUUAUCCAACUAGCACAUAAUGUUCUGAGAACCAUAUGUUUCUUAGAGCUUGGUUAAAGCGUGGUUGUCAAUCAAUGAAAUGUAUUUAUAAAGCCCUUUUUACAUCAGCUUACAGAAACCCAGUCUAAAACCCCAAAGAGCAAGCAAUGCAGAUGUAGAAGCACAGUGGCUAGGAAAAACUCCCUAGAAAGGCAGAAACCUAGGAAGAAACCUAGAGAGGAACCAGGCUCUGAGGGGUGGCCAGUCCUCUUCUGGUUGUGCCCGGUGGAGAUUAUAAGAGUAAAUGGCCAUUAAGGCCAGAUCGUUCUUUAAUAUGUUCAAACGUUCAUAGAUGACCAGCAGGGUCAAAUAAUAAUCACAGUGGUUAUAGAGGGUGCAACAGGUCAGCACCUAAGGAGUAAAUGUCAGUUGGCUUUUCAUAGCCGAGCAUUCAGAGGUCGAUAGAGAGAGGGUCGAAACAGCAGGUCCGGGACAAGGUAGCACGUCCGGUGAACAGGUCAGGAGUUCCAUAGCCGCAGGCAAAACAGCAGAAACAGGAUCAGCAGCAUGACCAGGUGGACUGGAGAUGGGGUAAGCCAGGAGUCGUCAGGCCAGGUAGUCCUGAGGCAUGGUCCUAGGGCUUUGCCACUUUGCCAAAGCACAGCCCCCACACCACCAGAGGGAUAUCAACAGACCACCAACUUACUACCCUGAGACAAGACAGAGUAUAGGCCACAAAGAUCUCCCCCACCGCACGGUCCCGAGGGGGCGCAAAACCGGACAGGAAGAUCACAUCAGUGACUCAACCCACUCAAGUUGAGUAUAGCGGAAAAAAGAGCUUUGCAUGACGUGAUGCACCCCUCCUAGGGACGGCAUAGGAUGGCACCAGCAAGCCAGUGACUCAGGCCCCGUAAUAGGGGCAGAGAAUCCCAGUGGAGAGAGGGGAGCCGGCCAGGCAGAGACAGCAAGGGUGGUUCGUCAUUCCAGUGCCUUGUCGUUCACCUUCGCACACCUGGUCCAGACUACACUCAAUCAUAGGACCUACUGAAGAAAUGUGUAUUCAGUAAAGACUUGCAAAUGUAAUAAGAUGGUGGUCUGAUGGUCCAGGAUUAUGAGGAAAAACAUUUAGAUCCACAAUAUCUAUUCCACGGGACAAAACUAGAUCCAGGGUAUGAUUGUGGCAAUGCGUAGGUCCGGAGACAUGUUGGACAAAUUCCACUGAGUCGAUGAUGGCUGCGAUAGCCUUUUGGAAUGGGUCUGUGGACUUCUCCAUGUGAAUAUUGAAGUCACCAAACGUUUUAAUAUUAUAUGCAAUGACUACAAGGUGCGGUAGGAAUUCAGGGAACUCGGCAGGGAACGUUGUAUACAGCCCAGGAGGCCUGUAAACAUUAGCUAUAAAAAGUGAUUGAGUAGGCUGCAUAGAUUUCAUGACUUUUUUUUCUUGUAAAUUGAAAUUUUCUGUCAUAAAUGUUAGCAACACCUCUGCCUUUGCGGGAUGCGUGGGGGAUAUGGUCAUUAGUGUAACCAGGAGGAGAGGCCUCAUUUAACACAGUAAAUUCAUCAGGCUUGAGCCAUGUUUCAGUCAGGUCAAUCACAUCAAGUUUAUGAUCAGUGAGGGAUCUAACAUUAAGUAGUCCUAUUUUGAGAUGUGAUGUAAUAUCACAACCUCUUUCAGUAAUGACAGGAAUGGAGGAGGUCUUUAUUCUAGUGAGAUUGCUAAGGGGAACACCGCCAUGUUAAGUUUUGCCCAACCUAGAUCGAGGCACAGACACGGUCUCAAUGGGGAAAACUGAGCUGACUACACUGACUGUGCUAGGGGCAGACUCUACUAAGCUGGCAGGCUGGCUUACAGCCUGCUGCCUGCACCCCAUCUCAUUGUGAAGCUAGAGGAGUUAGAGCCCUGUCUAUGUUGAUAGAUAAGAUGAGAGCACCCCUCCAGCUGGGAUGGAGUCUGUCACUCCUCAGCAGGCCAAGCUUGGUCCUGUUUGUUGGUGAGUGCCAGAAAGAGGACCAGUUAUCCACAAAUUCUAAAAACUGUUUUCAACCAGCGAGUUGUGUGAGUCUGCUGUAAACCUCAUCACUCCCCCUAACUGGGAAGGGGCCAGAGACAAUUAUUCGAUGCCAACACAUCUUUCUAGCUAAGUUACACACUCAAGUUAUGUUGCGCUUGGUGACCUCUGACUGUUUCAUCCUAACAUUGUUGGUACUGACGUGGAUAACAAUAUCCCUACACCAUCUACGCCAGGGUUCCCCAACUGGCGUCCCGCGUGCUUUUAAUUGGCCCCCCAAGUUUUCUGAGCAAAAAAACAACUUUUUGUCAAGACUGUAAAAAACACCAGGAAAAACAAAAGCUCCAAGUGAUUUUAAUUUAAGAAAUCUGUUUCCAAGUAUCAAUAAUCAAUAACAAUGUAAUACUACAAAAUAAACACGAGAAAUAAGAAAUACACUAUAUACAGUGGGGGAAAAAAGUAUUUAGUCAGCCACCAAUUGUGCAAGUUCUCCCACUUAAAAAGAUGAGAGAGGCCUGUAAUUUUCAUCAUACGUACACGUCAACUAUGACAGACAAAUUGAGAAAAAGAAUCCAGAAAAUCACAUUGUAGGAUUUGUAAUGAAUUUAUUUGCAAAUUAUGGUGGAAAAUAAGUAUUUGGUCACCUACAAACAAGCAAGAUUUCUGGCUCUCACAGACCUGUAACUUCUUCUUUAAGAGGCUCCUCUGUCCUCCACUCGUUACCUGUAUUAAUGACACCUGUUUGAACUUGUUAUCAGUAUAAAAGACACCUGUCCACAACCUCAAACAGUCACACUCCAAACUCCACUAUGGCCAAUACCAAAGAGCUGUCAAAAGACACCAGAAACAAAAUUGUAGACCUGCACCAGGCUGGGAAGACUGAAUCUGCAAUAGGUAAGCAGCUUGGUUUGAAGAAAUCAACUGUGGGAGCAAUUAUUACGAAAUGGAAAACAUACAAGACCACUGAUAAACUCCCUCGAUCUGGGGCUCCAUGCAAGAUCUCACCCCGUGGGGUCAAAAUGAUCACAAGAACGGUGAGCAAAAAUCCCAGAACCACAUGGGGGGACCUAGUGAAUGACCUGCAGAGAGCUGGGACCAAAGUAACAAAGCCUACCAUCAGUAACACACUACGCCGCCAGGGACUCAAAUCCUGCAGUGCCAGACGUGUCCCCCUGCUUAAGCCAGUACAUGUCCAGGCCCGUGAAGUUUGCUAGAGUGUAUUUGGAUGAUCCAGAAGAGGAUUGGGAGAAUGUCAUAUGGUCAGAUGAAACCAAAAUAUAACUUUUUGGUAAAAACUCAACUCGUCGUGUUUGGAGGACAAAGAAUGCUGAGUUGCAUCCAAAGAACACCAUACCUACUGUGAAGCAUGGGGGUGGAAACAUCAUGCUUUGGGGCUGUUUUUCUGCAAAAGGACCAGGACGACUGAUUCCUGUAAAGGAAAGAAUGAAUGGGGCCAUGUAUCGUGAGAUUUUGAGUGAAAACCUCCUUCCAUCAGCAAGGGCAUUGAAGAUGAAACGUGGCUGGGUCUUUCAGCAUGACAAUGAUCCCAAACACACCGCCCGGGCAACGAAGGAGUGGCUUCGUAAGAAACAUUUCAAGGUCCUGGAGUGGCCUAGCCAGUCUCCAGAUCUCAACCCCAUAGAAAAUCUUUGGAGGGAGUUGAAAGUCUGUGUUGCCCAGCGACAGCCCCAAAACAUCACUGCUCUAGAAGAGAUCUGCAUGGAUGAAUGGGCCAAAAUACCAGCAACAGUGUGUGAAAACCUUGUGAAGACUUACAGAAAACGUUUGACCUGUGUCAUUGCCAAGAAAGGGUAUAUAACAAAAUAUUGAGAAACUUUUGUUAUUGACCAAAUACUUAUUUUCCACCAUAAUUUGCAAAUAAAUUCAUAAAAAAUCCUACAAUGUGAUUUUCUGUUUUUUUUUUCUCAUUUUGUCUGUCAUAGUUGACGUGUACCUAUGAUGACAAUUUCAGGCCUCUCAUCUUUUUAAGUGGGAGAACUUGCACAAUUGGUGGCUGACUAAAUACUUUUUUCCCCCACUGUAUACAAAAGUAUGUGGACAACCCUUCAAAUUAGUGGAUUUGGCUAUUUCAGCCACACCCGUUGCUGACAGGUGUAUACAAUCGAGCACACAGCCAUGCAAUGUCCAUAGACAAACAUUGGCAGUAGAAUGGCCUUACUGAAGAGUUCAGUGACUUUCAACGUGGCACCGUCAUAGGAUGCCACCUUUCCAACAAGUCAGUUGGUCAAAUUUCUGCACUGCUAGAACUGCCCCGGUCAACUGUAAGUGCUGUUAUUGUGUAGUGGAAAUGUCUAGGAGCAACAACGGCUUAGCUGCGAAGUGGUAGACCACACAAGCUCACAGAACGGGACCGUGUCGUGCUGAACCGAGUAGCGCAUAAAAAUCAUUUGUCCUCGGUUGCAACACUCACUACCGAGUUCCAAACUGCCUCUGGAAGCAACGUCAGCACAAGAACUGUUCGUCCGGAGCUUCAUGAAAUGGGUUUCCAUGGCCGAGCAGCCGCACACAAGCCUAAGAUCACAAUGUGCAAUGCCAAGCGUUGUCUGGAGUGGUGUAAAGCUUGCCGCCAUUGGACUCUGGAGCAGUGGAAACGUGUUCUCUGGAGUGAUGAAUCACGCUUCACCAUCUGGCAAUCCAACGGACAAAUCUGGGUUUGGCGGAUGCCAGGAGAACGCUUAGUUCCAGUGAAGGGAAAUCUUAACGCUACAGCAUACAAUGACAUUCUAGAUAAUUCUGUGCUUCCAACUUUGUGGCAACAGUUUGGGGAAGGCCCUUUCCUGUUUCAGCAUGACAAUGCCCCUGUGCACAAAGCGAGGUCCAUACAGAAAUGGUUUGUCGAGAUCGGUAUGGAAGAACUUGACUGGUCUGCACUGAGCUCUGACCUGAAUCCCAUCGAACACCUGAAUUGGAACGCUGACUGCGAGCCAAGCCUAAUCGCCCAACAUCAGUGCCCGACCUCACUAAUGCUCUUGUGGCUGAAUGGAAGCAAGUCCCUGCAGCAAUGUUCCAACAUCUAGUGGAAAGCCUUCCCAGAAGAGUGGAGGCUGUUAUAGCAGCAAAAUGGGAGACCAACUCCAUAUUAAUGGCCAUGAUUUUGGAAUGAGAUGUUCGACAAGCAGGUGUCCACAUACUUUUGGUUAUGUAGUGUAUGUCCAGUUGGGAAACUGUGUAUUAUAUUGAUAAGGUAUUCGAGUGACCACUCAACAAUUGAAGGCAGGCGAGAUCAGCUGGGACCAUUCUAGCUAAUGAGAGGUCAGAUACGCGCGUGAACAAUAGGCACAAUUAAGUUGUUUUUCUCAAAGUUGCCGGAAAGCCACGUCUAUCCAUUUAUAUCAGUACAUUUGUAACAGCCUAAACAUUACGAAACUUCUAUUUGAUCAAAUAAGCCUCACGUAAUUUGACACUCCCUCAUAGACCAUAGAAAAAAGGGCUUAUCUCACGCGGACAGAUUUUUGGGGGAGUAAAUCCUCUCGCUUCGCCUCUUCAUCUCUGACUGCAACAACAGCGCACACUUCACACACACCCAGGUACCGGGAGGCGGGACAGACAGCAGACUGUCAAACCAGCAGUGUUUCCCUGUCAUCGCACACUUUGUUACUGACAGCGCCUGUACUAUCAAAAGAUUGCUAGUAGAUGCAUAUCGUUCAUUCUAGCGGAAGAGGGCUCAGCUGACUUUUUUCUGACUAGCGAAUGGAAAAGUAUUCUAGUUAAUUUAAAUGGAAAAGUAGCCGGCUGAAAAGUAGCCUUUAAUCGGCUGUAUAGCCGAUAGCCGCGCUAGUGGAAAACACUGAGAUCGCUUCUUAAAAGUUCAAACAUGGUUACAUUUAAUUACAUUUUUGGUAAUGUUCUAAGAACGUUCUCCAAAUGGUAUGACAUUGGGAAUGUUCUCAAAUAGUUCAGAGAAUAUUAAGAAACAACGUUCUUCUGUGGGAAUUUUUGUACUCCAGCAUAACGUUUCCUACAGGUUUCCUCAUGGUUCCAUUUAAAGCCAUGUUCUCAAACGUUUUUCUGUGGGAAUUUCAGUACUUCCACUCCACAGAACAUUCUACACAAGUUCCCAUGUGGUUCUAUUUAAUGUAAUGUUUUUACUACAUUUUGGGAACGUUCUCAAAAAUUGUAUGACUUAAGCGAUGUUCUCAGAACGUUCAGGUUCUCUUUUAUAUCAGUUCUUGUCAAUGUUCUGGGAAUGUUCAUAAAAUUGGAAUUCCACACAUGAACAUCAAUAAGCUCUAAAUUCCAUUCUCAGAACAUGAAGAAAAUAAAACUUUAAUAACGUUCAAAGGAAGUUCUAAUAAUGUUAUUUAAAAACAUAUACAUUCCAUUCUCAGCGUCCACAAAACUCUCUCUAUCCUCUAGCUUGUUAUGUGUGUUCAGGUGUGGUGGCCCCACCAACUAAUUGUCCACACAUAAUCUUAAUGAGUGGUUGUUUCCUUUGAAAUUGGGUCUGUUUGGAUAGACUAAAUUGAUCAGCUUUGUAUGCGUAAAAAAACAUGACAUGAUAGUUCCAUCCUGGUUGUGCAGUGGACUAUGUAAAGAUGGCGCCGACAGACAUGGCAGCUCUACUUCUAACUCCUAAGCAACUCUGCCAGUCCAGACGGUAUCCCUAGCGCCGUCUUCAGAGCACGUGCAUACCAGCUGGCUGGAGUGUUUACGGACAUAUUCAAUCUCUGUCUAUCCCAGUCUGCUGUCCCCACUUGCUUCAAGAUGUCCACCAUUGUUCCUGUACCCAAGAAAGCAAAGGUAACUGAACUAAAUGACUAUUUAGCACUCACUUCUGUCAUCAUGAAGUGCUUUGAGAGGCUAGUUAAGGAUCAUAUCACCUCCACCUUACCUGACACCCUAGACCCACUUCAAUUUGCAUACCGCCCCAAUAGAUCCACAGAUAAUGCAAUCGCCAUUACACUGCACACUGCCCUAUCCCAUCUGGACAAGAGGAAUACCUAUGUAAGAAUGCUGUUCAUUGACUAUAGCUCAGCCUUCAACACCAUAGUACACUCCAAGCUCAUCAUUAAGCUCAGGGGGCCCUGGGUCUGAACCCCGCCCUGUGCAACUGGGUCCUGGACUUCCUGACCGGCCAACCCCAGGUGGUGAAGGUAGGAAACAACACCUCCACUACGCUGAUCCUCAACACAGGGGCCCCACAAGGAUGCGUGCUCAGCCCCCUUCUGUACUCCUUGUCCUUGCCUCCAACUCAAUCAUCAAGUUUGCAGACGACACAACAGUAGUAGGAGGUGGGGGCCCUGGCUGGAUUAUCUUGGCAAGUGGUGCCAGGAAAAUAACCUCUCCCUCAACGUGAACAAAACAAAGGAGCUGAUCGUGGACUUCAGGAGACAACAGAGAGAGCACGCCCGUAUUCACAUUGACGAGACCGCAGUGGAGAAGGUGAAAAGCUUAAAAUUCCUCGGUGUACACAUCACUGACAAUCUGAAAUGGUCCACUGACACUGACAGUGUGGUGAAGAAGGCGCAACAGCGCCUCUUCAACCUCAGGAGGCUGAAGAAAUGUGGCUUGCCCUUAAGACCCUCACAAAGUUUUACAGAUGUACAAUUGAGAGCAUCCUGUCGGGCUGUAUCACCGCCUGGUACGGCAACUGCACCACCCGCAACCGCAGGGCUCUCCAGAUGGGUGGUGCGGUCUGCCCAACGCAUCACUGGGGGCACACUGCCUGCCCUCCAGGACACCUACAGCAUCCAAUGUCACAGGAAGGCCAAAAAGAUCAUCAAGGACAUUAACCACCCAAGCCACAGCCUGUUCACCCCGCUAUCAUCCAGAAGGCGAGGUCAGUACAGGUACAUCAAAGCUGGGACCAAGAGACAAAAAACAGCUUCUAUCUCAAGGCCAUCAGACUGUUAAAUAGCCAUCACUAUUCGGCUACCACCCGGUACUCAACCCUGUACCUUAGAGGCUGCUCUGCGGAAGCACAGUUCCCGCUCAGCCCAGUCAAAACUGUUCGCUUCUCUGGCACCCCAAUGGUGGAACAAGCUCCCUCUCGACGCCAGGACAGCGGAGUCACUCACCACCUUCCGGAGACAUUUGAAACCCCACCUCUUUAAGGAAUACCUGGGAUAGGAUAAAGUAAUCCUUCUAUCCCCCCCAAAAAAAAAUGAAAAAAAAGAAACAUAUUGUAAAGUGGUUAAUCCACUGGCUAUAAGGUGAAUGCACCAAUUUGUAAGUCGCUCUGGAUAAGAGCGCCUGCUAAAUGACGUAAAUGUAAAUGUACAUAGACAUGGAAUCACUGGUCACUUUAUAUGGAACACUAGUCACUUUAAUAAUGUUUACAUACUGUUUUACUCAUUUCAUAUGUAUAUACUGUAUUCUACUGUAUUUUAGUCAAUCCCACUCAGACAUUGCUCGUCCUAAUAUUUAUGUAUUUCUGAAUUCCAUUCUUUUACUUUUAGAUUUGUGUGUAUUGUUGUGAAUUGUUAGAUACUACUGCACUGUUGGAGCUAGGAACACAAGCAUUUCGCUACACCCGCAAUAACAUCUGUUAAAUAUGUGUAUGUGACUAAUAAAAUGUGAUUUGAUUUGACUAAUAUCAUGGAUAGAUAACAGAAGAUCAUAGGUUCGAUUUUCACGAUGCCGUGUCACAAUAAAAAUGCAUGGUUAAUGCCUGAGCAAAUUAUUUUCCAUGUGUCCUAUCUGUGUUUGGAGUUCAAAAAGUCUUAUUGAAACAUUAAGUGAAAGUUUUAAGGAAGUUAGCUAAAAACCUCCAAAUAACCUUCACAUUCCAUUCUUAGAGUGUUAAGAAAACUUUCAAUAAUAACCAUAAAACUUUCACAACAUUUCGAGAAUGUUUGCACAAUGUUAUUUAAUUAGAGUGUUAAUAAAACCUCCCAGGAAAAAAUUCUGGGAACCAGAGGAAAACGUUCUCAGAACCUCCCUGCAACCUAAAAAUGUACAUUCCCAGAACAGGCUAAAUUUUCACUUCUGUUCUCAGAACGUUUAAAAAACCCUUCAGUUUUACCAGUCAGAAAACGUAUGGCUUUGUUCCCACAACCAAUGUGAAACCAAAAACAUACAUUCCCACAACUUCCAAGGAACCAAAUAUGCUAGCUGGGUAAUGUGUGUGUGUGCAUGUGUGUUGUCCUGUAGGUGAUCCUGUGCUUCUCUCCGGUGGGCUCCACUCUAAGGGUGCGAGCCAGGAAGUUCCCUGCCGUGGUCAACUGCACCUCCAUCGACUGGUUCCACGAAUGGCCAGAGGAGGCGCUAGUGUCUGUCAGCGCUCGCUUCCUCUCCGAGACAGAGGGCAUCAUGGUGAAGAAGACACGUCACACCCCUCGACCCCAUCCCAAAACAAUCCCUAGCCCCUUCCCUGAGUUGCCUCAUGUAGACCCCUCAUCUAGCUUUUACUGUAUUCCUGUGUGUCCGAUUUUCUCUCUCCCCCCCCAGCCCGAGGUGAAGGAAUCUCUGAGCCAGUUCAUGGCCUUCGUCCAUAAGACAGUGAAUGAGAUGUCCAAGUCCUACCUGCUGUCAGACCGUCGCUACAACUACACCACGCCCAAGACCUUCCUGGAGCAGAUCAAACUCUACCAGAACCUCCUGGCCGUCAAGAGGAGCGAGCUGCUGUCCAAGAUGGAGCGCCUGGAGAAUGGAUUAACCAAACUGGAGAACACCUCUGCUCAGGUCAGAUAUACAGUAUACCACCACACACACGGUCUGGGAGUUAGUUAUCCACCUGCACUAAACUUAACACAAACUGGCUAUUACAUUUGAUACUGUAUCAAUAUCAUAUCGUAAUUUUAAGAUUUCUAUAUAAUUUGUGCCCGUUCCGUCUCUAUCCAACAGUGUUGGGGAAGCUACUCUGAAAAUAUAGUUUACCAAGCUACACUAUAUAUACAAAAGUAUGUGGAUACCCCUUCAAAUAAGUGGAUUCGGCUAUUUCAGCCACACCCGUUGCUGACAGGUGGACUGUAUAAAAUCGAGCACACAGCCAUGCAAUCUCCAUAGACAAACAUUGGCAGUAGAAUGGCCUUACUGAAGAGCUCAGUGACUUUCAAUGUGGCACCGUCAUAGGAUGCCACCUUUCCAACAAGUCAGUUUGUCAAAUUUCUGCCCUGCUAGAGCUGCCCCGGUCAACUGUAAGUGCUAUUAUUGUGAAGUGGAAACGUCUAAGAGCAACAAUGGCUCAGUCGCGAAGUGGUAGGCCACACAAGCUCACAGAACGGGACCACGAGUGCUAAAGCGCGUAAAAAUCGUCUGUCCUCGGUUGCAACACUCACUACCGAGUUCCAAACUGCCUCUGGAAGCAAUGUCAGCACAAUAACUGUUCGUCAGGAGCUUCAUGAUGGGUUUCCAUGGCAGAGCAGCCGCACACAAGCCUAAGAUUGCCUCCCUACUGUCACUUUAUUUUACUGUAUAUAUAGCCUCCCUACUGUCACUUUAUUUUACUUCUGCUCUUUUUUUCUCAACACUUUUUUUGUUGUUGUUUUAUUCUUACUUUUUUGUUUAAAAUAAAUGCACUGUUGGUUAAGGGCUGUAAGUAAGCAUUUCACUGUAAUGUCUGCACCUGUUGUAUUCGGCGCAUGUGACCAAUAAAAUUUGAUUUGAUUUGAUUUGAAGAUCACCAUGCACAAUGCCACGGCUGGAGUGGUGGAAAACUCACCGCCAUUGGACUCUGGAGCAGUGGAAUCACACUUCACCAUCUGGCAGUCCGACAGAUGAAUACCAGGAAAACGCUACCUGCCCCAAUGCAUAGUGCCAACUGUAACGUUUGGUGGAGGAGGAAUAAUGGUCUGGGGCUGUUUUUCAUGGUUCGGGCUAGGCCCCUAAGUUCCAGUGGAAGGGAAAUCUUAACAGCAUACAAUGACAUUCUAGACAAUUCUGUGCUUCCAACUUUGAGGCAACAGUUUGGGGAUGGCCCUUUCCUGUUUCAGCAUGACAAUGCCCCCGUGCACAAAGCGAGGUCCAUACAGAAAUGGUUUGUCGAGAUUGGUGUGGAAUAACUUGACUGGUCUGCACAGAGCCCUGACCUGAAUCCCAUCGAACACCUUUGGGAUGAAUUGGAACGCCGACUGCGAGCCAGGCCUAAUCGCCCAACAGUGCCCGACCUCACUAAUACUCUAAUGCUGAUUUGAAGCAAAUCCCAGCAGCAAUGUUCCAACAUCUAGUGGAAAGCCAUCCCAGAAGAGUGGAGGCUGUUAUAGCAGCAAAAGGGGGGACCAACUACAUAUUAAUGCCCAUGAUUUUGGAAUGAGAUGUUCACAUACUUUUGGUCAUGUAGUGUAUCAUAUACUAUACUUCAGACUGGAAGAAGUGACACUACACUAAAGCUACCCUUUAAGAAAAAUACAGUUUACUUAACUACAUCCAAACUACUUUAUGAUAAAUUAUCAUAUCUAAAUCUGAAAUGUCAGACUGCAAAUUGCAAGAAAGAUCACUCUGGAGUCAGAUGUUAAGAGAAUGUGUAAUUUAGCCUAUUAAAAACAAAAACAAUGUUUCAAUUGAGAAUUAGGCUGGUCUGAUGCUGAAAAAGAAAUCAAAUUCUUGCCUACUUCACCCAUAUUUUAUUUUAUUUUUGCAAAAAAGUAGUGUGUAGUUCCAGUAGUUAGCUACACCGCUACAUGGCAAAAAAGUAAUGAACUACUGAAAACACUACCAAGAUUUGAAUAUAAUUAAAGUACCACCAAGCUACUGCAAAAUGUAGUUACAUUACUAGUUGAACUACAUGUAGUUCACUACUCCCCAACACUGCUGUCCGAUUAGCUAAAAACUUCACCCUCCACAGAUCUGUAAGAGAGUUUUGAGCUAGCUACUAGCUAGCUAACGUUCACUAAAACAGAUGGGGAAAAUAUCCAGUUAGGUAGCUAGCUCAUGUACCCAAAAUGCCGCCACUUGGGGUUAUUUUUCAGCAGGGCCUGUGGAAGGACUCCAGAUAACCUGAGUUUUACAAAGAGAAAAGGUAAAAAAAGAAAAGGGGUAGACUAAAUUGAUUACAUGGUCUGGAAGGUACAUCUAACCACCUGUAACCGCAUAACACAAACCCAUACAAACACUACCUAAUUCAUGUUUAUGCCAUGCUUAUUGUAAAUUGAGCUAUCUUAGCCGUCAGCUUGUAAAUAUUUUUGCCAAUUUACCUUCACCUUGUGCAGAGCUAGGGGUUGGAAGCACAUGCUGGUGGAAUCAGAUGAUGUGCCACCUACAACAAAACACACAACAAUACACAAUUUAACCCCCCCACUAAUUGCAUUGAUGUCUAUUAGACUGGCUAGCUUAGCACACCUAACAUGGACAUUUCAAUAUUGUGAGCUUGCUGUUAGCUAGUUAGCGUCACUAAAUUGGCAGCAAGAUUGCUAGCCAGCUGAGAACUAACUAACCAACCAUAGACGAUUUAUACACAUUCAAAAUUACUACCAACACACCAAGAGUGAGUUAAGCUAUAUCGGCAAUUCUAUUUUUAGUAACGGAGUGUUUUGCAGACAAGGGUGGAAUAGAUGACUACCAGGGUUACUCUUAUUUAACAAGCUUAUGUUAGCUAACGUUAGGUGUCCACAUACUUUUGGUCAUGUAGUGUAUCAUAUACUGUACUUCACACUGGAAGAAGUGACACUACAGCUGAGAACUAACUAACCAACCAUAUACGAUUUAUACACAUUCAAAAUUACUACCAACACACCAAGAGUGAGUUAAGCUAUAUCAGCAAUUCUAUUUUUAGUAACGGAGUGUUUUGCAGACAAGGGUGGAAUAGAUGGCUACCAGGGUUACUCUUAUUUAACAAGCUUAUGUUAGCUAACGUUAGUCAAACAUAGAACGAACAAACAAACAUGUUUAGUCUGCUGAAGGUAGCUACCAGUCUAGCAGUGACUACCAUGGAAUAGGCGAAAUUGAUUGACAGUGUGUAUCCAAAAGAUAGCUAGCUAACUUACCUAGUCCAGCUAGGCUAGCAAGCUAGCUAACACUACGUUACCUCUAAUCGAGAAUCUUCUGUUUUCUUGUGAAGAAAACAAUGAUUGUAUCGCAUCACUUGUCAGCUGUUGUCGAAAUGGAUUCCCCAUCCGUUCAGCCUGAAUAGCCCUCUGAUAAUCUUUGGUCACCGUAAGCAUCAUUCUUGAUAGCCACAAACCACUGGCAGCAUCGGGGUAAAUCUCUGGUAGGUAGAGCAGUGAAAGAUAACUCAUUUUCACACUUGUUGUGAUUAGCACAGCCAGACAGAACACCACAUGGGCAUGAUGACAAACGUUAGCGAAAAACAAACGUUUAAAUACAUAAUUGCCUAGAGAAGUUCUGAGAUUACUGUGUGUUGGUGGUUCGAAGUAAACAAUGCGAUCAACCAAGUUUGUGGGCACACCCCAUCUACCUAACGGGGCUGUAUCUGCAUUUGCUAUGAAUGCCGGAGUUUGUGGUUCACUAUGAGCAGACGAAUACACAGGAAGUCGAAACUUCCCAAUUCUACCAGUGAAAUGAAAAUGUGCUUGUUCUAGCUUGUGGUUUGGAUGUUUAUGACAAAAACGUAAUGUUGUUAAUAUUAUAAUUUUACAUUUACAUCAUUUAGCAGACGCUCUUACUUGGCUUGCUGGCUAGCUAGCAUUUAGCUGAGUGGGGUUAACUAAAGCAAAAAUAGCCAGUUGUCUAGCUACAAACAUGUUUGUUUAAACCAGAUGAAGGUUGUACAAGUAUUAACUAAAUAAUGUAAAGAAUACAUGUAUGGCACAACAACUAUGAGCUUUCUUACAAUGUGCUAGCAUGCUAGCUAGUGAAAAUGUUUUCCACCAGCAGUUGUUUGUUGCCUGCUACUUUGUUCCAUCACCACUGUUUGCUAUAAGGUGAGGGUGGUUGACUCGUGAAGAAGCAAAUAAAUGGAUGGAUGAAACAUGAAAUACAUUGUGGCCAUAAUACUUUUAUCUUCCAAGUUUUUACAACAUUUUUGUUUGAUUAAAGUUAGCGAGCUGGUCCCAUGGGUGAACCCAUGCUAUGUCUUUGCUCUGCUAGCUACACACCGAGUGCGGCAGCAAAUGCUGGUGCGUUUAUUUAUUUUUACAUAAGAGUGUAGAAAGCGGGUAAAAUAAGUAUUAAACGAUAUCACGACAUGCCUACGUCAUAUCGAUAUCAAACUAAAUCGAUAUUAUCGAUAUUGGUGCCCACCAUUAGUAAUUACUGUAUUAGGCGUUGAUACAUUGAUUGCCUUUAUCAAACUUUAUUUUACCAAUGAAGUUGACUAAGAACACAUUCUCCUUUACACCAAUGAUGAACAACCUGCAGAAGAGUUGCACAGCGUUGUCUUCUGUCUCUGAUGUGCGUGUUGUUGUGUUCUGUUUCUGAUGUGUGUGUGUUCCCUGCACCAGGUGGAUGAUCUGAAGGCCAAGCUGGCCGUGCAGGAGGUGGAGCUCAAGCAGAAGAACGAGGAUGCUGACAAGCUCAUCGAGGUGGUCGGUGUGGAAACAGAGAAAGUGUCCAAGGAGAAGGUCAUAGCCAACGAUGAGGAGCUCAAAGUGCAAGUAAUCGCCAAGAAUGUGGGAGAGAAACAGAGGUCUUGUGAAGAGGACUUGGCUAAAGCAGAACCUGCCCUGUUGGCUGCCCAGGAGGCUCUCAACACUCUCAACAAGGUCUGGAUGUGUGUGUGUGUGUGUGGGUUAUUCUAUCCUUGUGUGGACCUAAAGUCCCCAAAUGUCCCCACAAGGAUAAAAUAAGGAACAUUCUCCCUCGUGGGGACAUUUCCCUCAUCCCCAUGAGGACAAAGGCUAUUUUAAGCUUAGGGGUUAGGGUUAGAAUUAGGGUUGGGGUAAGGGGUUGGGGUUAUGGGUUAGGGUUAAGGUUAGGGUUAUGGUAAGGAUUAGGGAAUUUGAAUGGAAAUUCAUUUUAGGUCCCCACGAGGGGAAGAACAUAACAUGUAUGUGUGUGUGUGUCAGUAUGUAUAGAGCUUUAAACACACUCUAAAAAUCAAAUCAAAUCACAUUUUAUUGGUCACAUACACGUGUUUAGCAGAUGUUAUUGCGGGUGAAGCUUGUGCUUCUAGCUCUGACAGUGCAAUAAUAUCUAACAAGUAAUAUCUAACAAUUUCACAACAUAUACCCAGUACACACAAAUCUAAGUAAGGAAUGAAUUAAGAAUAUAUACACUACCAGUCCUACUCAUUCAAGGGUUUUUACUAUUUUUAAAGUAAUGAUGGACUGUUGUUUCUCUUUGCUUAUUUGAGCUGUUCUUGCCAUAAUAUGGACUUGGUCUUUUACCAAAUAGUGCUAUCUUCUGUAUACCCCCGCUACCUUGUCACAACACAACUGAUUGGCUCAAACGCAUUAAGAAGGAAAGAAAUUCCACAAAUUAAUUUUAAGAAGGCACACCUGUUAAUUGAAAUGCAUUCCAGGUGACUACCUCAUGAAACUGGUUGAGAGAAUGCCAAGAGUGUGCAAAGCUGUCAUCAAGGCAAAGGGUGGCUAUUUGAAGAAUCUCAAUUAUAAAAUAUAUUUUGAUUUGUUUAACACUUUAUUGGUUACUACAUGAUUCUAUAUGUGUUAUUUCAUAGUUUUGAUGUCUUCACUAUUAUUCUACAAUGUAGAAAAUAGUAAAAAUAAAGAAAAACCCUUGAAUAAGUAGGUGUGUCCAAACUUUUGACUGGUACUGUACAUAUACGGACGAGCGAUGUCAGAGCGGCAUGGACUAAGACACAGUAGGAUAGUAUAGAAUACAGUAUAUACAUAUGAGAUGAGUAAUGUAAAAUAUGUAAACAUUAUUAAAGUGGCUAGUGUUCCAUUUCUUAAAGUGGCCAGUGAUUUCUAGUCUAUGUCUAUAGGAUAGUUAACAAGAUUAGUAGGAAUCGAGCAUUGAAACUACUGUAGUGAGCCUAAAAUGCUGAAGAGUGUGUGUGUUGUCCAGUGAGUUAAGUGACUCUGUGGUCAUAUAAGCUGUCUGUUCCCCCUGCACUGCAGAACAACCUGACAGAGUUGAAGUCGUUUGGCUCUCCCCCGGAGGCGGUGGUGAACGUGAUGGGUGCUGUGAUGAUCCUGAUGGCCCCAGGAGGGAAGGUGCCCAAAGACAAGAGCUGGAAGGCUGCCAAGAACACCAUGGCCAAGGUGGACGCCUUCCUGGACGCCCUGAUCAACUACAACAAGGAGAACAUCCCUGACACCUGCAUCAAGGCCUUCCAGUGAGAAACACAAACCUAGCUGACAUCCAAACACUUUGGCUGAUUCAUCAUGAAAUCCUUAUUUCUCUGAAGAUUUCAGCCCCUUUUCCCCUGAUUUUCUUUUAUCUCUUGUUGAUGAUAGGUGUUGUGUGUAUCUUCUUUUUAUUCCCUGUGCAGACCGUUUAAGAACGACCCCACGUUCGAGCCAGAAUACAUCCGCUCGAAGUCACUUGCUGCUGCAGGUCUGUGUUCGUGGUGCAUCAACAUUGUGAUGUUCUACGAGGUGUACUGUGAUGUGGAGCCCAAACGCCAGACUCUGGCCCAGGCCAAUGCUGAGCUGGCCGCUGCCUUGGACAAACUCUCCGUCAUCAAGUCUAAGAUCAAUGUGAGAGAAUACAAUAGAAUUGUUACAAAACCGAUUAACAAGCCUUCUAAUAUAGUUGCACUCGCGAAAUCUUGGGGUCUUAGGCCUAGUUAAAUGGUCUGUAACCUGAUUUAAGAUGUGCAUCUACAGUGAGCUCCAAAAGUAUUGGGACAGUGAAAAUUUUUUGGGGGCUCUGUACUCCUGCACUUUGGAUUUGAAAUGAUACAAUGACUAAAAGGUUAGAGUGCAGACUGUCAGCUUUAAUUUGAGGGUAUUUUCAUCGUGAAAUUUUUUGGGGGGCUCUGUACUCCUGCACUUUGGAUUUGAAAUGAUACAAUGACUAAAAGGUUAGAGUGCAGACUGUUAGCUUUAAUUUGAGGGUAUUUUCAUCGUUAUCGGGUCAACCGUUUAGAAAUUAAAGCACUUUUUGGACAUAGUCCCCCCAUUUUAGGGGACCAAAAGUAUUGGGCAAAUUCACUUAUAUGUGUAUUAAAGUAGUCAAAAGUUUAGUAUUUGGUCCCAUAUUCCAAGCACGCAAUGAUUACAUCAAGCUUGUGAUUUACAAACUUUUUGGAUGCAUUUGCUGUUUGUUUUGGUUGUGUUUCAGAUUAUUUUGUGCCCAAUAGAAAUUAAUGGUAAAUAAUGUAUUGUGUCAUUUUGGAGUCACUUUUAUUGUAAAUAAGAACAUAGUAUGUUUCUAAACACUUAUGUGGAUGCUACUAUGAUUAUGGAUAGUCCUGAAUGAAUCGUGAAUAAUGAUGAGUGAGAAACUUACAGAUGCACUAAUAUCAUACCCCCAAAAAAUGCUAACAUCCCCUGUUAUUGUAAUAGUGAGAGGUUAGCAGUGCAUGUCUUGGUGGUAUGAUAUUUGUGUGUCUGGAACUUUCUCACAUCAUUAUUCAUGAUUCAUUCAGGUUCACCUGAAAUGGAUAAUAAUAUCCUCAAAUUAAAGCUGACAGUCUGCACUUUAACCUCAUAGUCAUUGGAUCAUUUUAAAUCCAAAGUGCUGGAGUACAGAGCCAAAACAACCAAACAAUGUUCACUGUGCCAAUUAUUUUGGAGCUCACUGUAUGUGAGAAAUAAGCUUAUGUGUCUAGGUGUUGAAUGUAUGUACCCAGGAGACAGCUACCUUACCUUAAAGGGCAACUCCGCCACUUUUCAACCUCAUAUUCAUUAUCUCCAGCAUUGCAUAAAAGUACAGACUCAAAGCUUCAAAAUUGUAUAUCAUACACUGCAACAAUGUGAAAGUAAUGCUGCUUUGAAAGUUGAUCAAAUUGUAACCCUACCUUUGAGAAAUGGCCCUUGAAAAGUUUGGAUUCAGUUUUUACACUUCUUUGUUCACACCCAUUCAGCAUGGUUCACACCGUCUUAAGCCUUAGCCCCAUCCAUCUCUUUAAGGAUUCACAUGUGAGGCCAUGUGUUAAACAGUGAGUAAGGUAGUCUAGUAAACAACCAAAGAUUUCAAGACUAAAAGUGGUGAAAGUAGUAGCCUACAAUAAGGAAAAUUCCAGAUAAAAAUACACUUUAUAAAGAAUGUAAGAUCAAUAAAAGUAGUGCUAAUCAUGUUGGUGGUAAAUGAAAUAAUCAAAAUAUGUUUGUUUUUUGCUUUACAUACGAAGUGUUGUCAUCGAUACCUUGUACAGUCGUCACACCGCUGCUUUUGUCACAUGAAAUGGCAGCAGCUUUGCACCAAUGUUUUUGUGUCCUGGGUCGUGUCCUGGUAAUACUAUUGCAUUGUCCUCUGCAUAGUGGUUGAAGUUCACAACUCGCUGCAAGUCCUCAUGCUUCUGGUGUAACCUGUGCUUGCUUGGGCCGGCACUCUUUUUGAUGGGAGGCAUAAGACCAUUCUCCUUGAAUGAUUGGUGAAGGAGAGUCAGGCGUGUUCUGCUGAUGCUGAAAGACAAAUUCAAGAGACAAAUAUUUUAUCAUGAUUAGAUGAGGCUUACCCAGACGUACUUGUCUAAAUUGAUGGGCCAUGUGAAAGAGAGGCUAUAACCACCCACCAGCCACAUCUAGCUAUGCUUUUAAAGCUUUUGCCCAUUAUUACUUUCAAAAUUCUUCAAGCUCGGUCAAAUUGGUUGUUGAUCAUUGCUAGACAACCAUUUUCAGGUAUUUUUUAUAGAUUUUCAAGCAGAUUUAAGUCAAAACUGUAAUUCAGCCACUUAGGAACAUUGCCUUUCUUAUUGGUUAGCAACUCCGGUGUAGAUUUGGCCUGUGUUUUAGGUUAUUGUCCUGCUGAAAGGUGAAUUCAUCUCCCAGUGUCUGGUGGAAAGCAAACUGAACCAAGUUUACCUCUAGGAUUUUGCCUGUGCUUAGCUCCAUUCUGUUUCUUUUUUAUCCUGUAAAACUCCCGAGUCCUUAACAAUUACAAGCAUAUCCAUAACAGGAUGCAGCCAACACUAUGCUUGAAAAUAUGGAGAGUGGUACUCAGUAAUGUAUUGGAUUUGCCCCAAACAUAACACUUUGUAUUCAGCACAAAAAGGAAAUUGCUUUUCCACAUUUUUUGCAGUAUUACUUUAGUGCCUUGUUACAAACAGGAUGCAUGUUUUGGAAUAUUUUUAAUCUGUACAUGUUUCCUUCUUUUCACUCUGUCAAUUAGGUUAGUAUUGUGGAGUAACUACAAUGUUGUUGAUCCAUCCUCAGUUUUCUCCUAUCAAAGCCAUUAAACUCUGUAACUGUUUUAAAGUCACCAUUGGCCUCAUGGUGAAAUCCCUGAGUGGUUUCUUUCCUCUCCAGCAACUGAGUUAGGAAGGACGCCUUUAUCUGGAUAGUGAUUGGGUUUAUUGAUACACCAUCCAAAGUGUAAUUAAUAACUUCACCAUGCUCAAAGGGAUAUUCAAUGUCUUUUUUUUUUACCCAUCUACCAAUAUGUACCUUUCUUUGCGAGGCAUUGCAAAACCUCCCUGGUCUUUAUGGUUGAAUCUGUGCUUUGUUAGGUUCUAAAUAAACAGAGUAUAACUCACGGAUGACUAGGAAAAGCUCAAACCAAGUUUAUUCACCCACUGGGUCAAACAGCUGAAAAGACAAAGACGUGUACACAAGCAUAUAUAUUUAUACCUUCCCCCUAUGCUGAGUCUCGUCCUUGCACAUCUGUACAGCCAAUACAUCUCUGUUGCUAGACAGGACUUUUGUGGUGACUGUUCUUUCUCCCUUCGUUUGACCUGACCUCGGCCCAAAUUCCUCACUCCUCCCCAACACAUGGCUGUCCUACCUUAUCUGUGACUGAAACCAGACCAUUGCCCUUCUCCUCUCCAUAGGAUACCUGAGAUUGAACAAUAACAUGUUCUGACAGAAUGUAAACUUUCUGCCCUCCCCUUUCUCACACAGUAGAUUCCAUCCACUCAGUUCUAAUAGUGUAAGAUAUUUAAAGUUAGAAGAUCGAAUCCAACAGCUUCAAAUUCACUGCUCGACUGAGGGUCCUUACAGAUAAUUGUAUGUGUCGGGUACAGAGAUGAGGUAGUAAUUCAAAAAUCAUGUUAAACACUUAUUGCACACAGAGUGAGUCCAUGCAACUUAUUGUGUGACUUGUUAAGCACAUUUUUACUUCUGAACUUUAGGCUUGCAAUAACAAAGGGGUUGAAUACUUAUUGACUCAAGACAUUUCAGCUUUUCAUUUUUAAUUAAUUUGUAAAAAUUUCGACAUUAUGGGUUAUUGUGGGUAGGCCAGUGACAAAAAAUCUCAAUUUAAUCAAUUUUAAAUUCAGGCUGUAACACAACAAAAUGUGGAAAAAGUUGAGGGGUGUGAAUACUUUCUGAAGGCAUUGUAGCUAGCUAGCUAACAGUAUGCUUUAACUUGCAAUGAAAAUGACUUUCUGACAAAAUUAGAAAUGUAUAAUAUCUGAAAAUGUAGCUAGACUUACCCGUAUACAUGGAUGAAUGCUUCACGGCCAUGGUUGCCCUUAGUUUGAAAAUGUAAUCCGGAGACAGGUGUUUUAUGCAACAGCCUUCUGUGUUCCCUUUUUGACUCCCUCCGCAUUUGCAAUCAAAAGUCAGAAUUUUCUCCUUCUCAUACUCCGCUUCCACCGGGCAUUCCACUGAUUUCAAAAAUCAUUAAACCUCUUCCGUGACAACAACACUGUUGAUCUACGUUUAUCUUCUGUCACUGUCAUCAGAAGACUACAGUGUACUGUAUAUUUCAGUGAAAAUGUUUUUACCAAAAUCAGGGAUUUCCUCAUUGUCUGAUUCAUUUUCAGAGUCAGAGAGUGUCAGCAUGGCACGAUCGUCUAAAAAGUAGUCCAUCACAACUUUUAUCCUUUGAUGUUUGUCGAAAGCACCUGCUAAAUUCAGGGCAGCAAUGUUGUUGAGAGCAGUAGCAACACUUUUGCAGUUCUCCGUGGCUAUAUCUUUCAAAAAACCUGCGGUAGCAAGGAUUAUCUGAGCAGCUCAUGUUAUAGACAGAAGCCUGCAACAUGGCAGACAAAUCAGAACUCAUCUCUCGGCAUGUCCAGCCCAGCCAUUAUCUCAGCCAAUCAUGGCUAGCAGGAAGGUUCCCGUCUUUUUUUGUGGCUAAACCAAUUAGGCUCUUAAUUUAAAUAUUUUAUUCGUAUUUAUAGAUGACACACAAGUUUGUUAUUAAGGCACAUGAAAGUUCACAUGUUCAAGAAGGCAUUUGUGCCCCAAAAAUAAAUGUACAUGUAAUGAUUUAAUUUUACGUUCAAAUGCCUCUCCUGUGAAGUAGUGAUUUCCGUCAUACAACCAGCUUUCUGAAACGGGCCACAUGUGAAAACGGCGCGUUUCUAUGAUCUGUGGUUAAAAAGAUAAGAAGAAAAGUAAAAAAAAAAGUAUUAUCUGUGACAUCACAGGGUAGGAUUAAAAGUAUGAAAAACAGUGAUUUUCAAAACCUGCAAAGAGUUUCUAGCCAGAGUGAGGGUAUUUUCUUGCUCCCCACGUCACUGCGAAUGUCAUAGUGUUUGAAAAUCACUGUUUUUAACUUUUUUUAACUUUUGAUGAUGUCAUUGGGAAUAACUUUUUUACGUUAUAUUUUUUCUACAAUAUGUAGAAAUGCACCAUUUUCACAUACAUAAACACUGGUUUGGUGCUGGAGAUAAUGAAUAUGAGGUUGAAAAGUGGCGGAGUUGCUCUUUAAGUCCAGGGCCAGCUCCGUUUUGACCUAGUGGUUGGCCAGUCCAAGUGGAUUAUUAUUUGUUCAUAUGGUGACUAAAUAAAUAUGUAAAAAAAAAAGGGAAAAAUACAAAAAGGCAUCUUACUGAUGAUCACCUUAAUUGGCAGCACCUGAUGUGCUUAUCAAGACUUCCUUCUAGCACAGCACUUGGACAUAGUUGGUGCUGCCACCUGGGGGAUGGAGUGUGGAAGUCUAUCCUGGUAGAAUGUGUUGCCUGUGUGCUAACACUGAACAACCUACUACAUAGCAGAACACACCGAAAAAAAAAAUAUUAUCUACUUAUAAAAGUCCAUGUAGCUUAAAUAUUCAAGUUGGCUGGACUUUAAAUUGGGAAAUUGUUGAGAUGACAUGGAAUACUCCACUAACCCUAUGACGUUUUGCUCAAUGUGAGUUGAAUUUGAAAUCCUUUGCAACACAAAUAGCUGAGAUGAUCCCACAAGAGAGUUUAGUUUGCUGAAACCCGCAACAGAAAAAUAUUUAUUAUAGUUCAUCCAACUUCAGAUCUCUUGGCAUAAUGUCUAAGGUGUUGGGUUGACAGUUGCAGGACCCGGUCAGGGCUACCCACCUAAUUUGCUACAUUGGUCCAUGGAGCUUAAAUAGUUCAGCUGAUGAUAUCCUUGCAUCGUUAAGUUGAGAGGACUAGACAUCCAAAGUUGAGUCAUCUUAAAAAAUCAAGGCAACCAGCUGCAAUACGAUUUCUAGUUUACUCAACUUUGGCAAAUGUGUUGAGACAACUCAGGAAAAAGUAUUUGAUCCCCUGCUGAUUGAUCAGUCUAUCAUUUUAAUGGUAGGUUUAUUUGAACAGUGAGAGACAGAAUAACAACAAAAAAAUCCAGAAGAACGCAUGUUAAAAAUUUUAUAAAUUGAUUUGCAUUUUAAUGAGUGUCACGAUCGCUUAAGGAGGAGGACCAAGGCGCAGCGUUGCGGGUGAACAUAUUUAUAUUUAUUGACUAGAUCACACGAUCAAAACAAAGAACGAAACGUGAAGUCCUUCGAUAUACAAACCAAAAGGAACAAGAAACCACAAAACACAAAGUGCAAGACAAACAGUUAAAUAUGGCUCCCAAUCAGAGACACCCAGCUGACACUCGUUGCCUCUGAUUGGGAGUCACUCAGACCAACAUAGAAAAUUAAACAUAGACUUACACACCCUGGCUCAACAUAACAUAGUCCCCAGAGCCAGGGCGUGACAGUACCCCCCCCGCAAAGGCGCGGACUCCGGCCGCGCCAAACAACCACAACAGGGGAGGGACCGGGUGGGCACUCCGCCUCGGCGGCGGAUCCGGCUCCGGACAUGACCCAGGCACGGGUUGUGCUGGACUGACGACGCACACCCCUGGCUUGCUGCGUGGAGGAGGAACAGGCCGGACCGGGCUGACGAAGCGCACCCCUGACUUGGUGCGGGGAGCAGGAAUGAGCCGGACCGGGCUGACAACGCGCACCACUGACCCGGUGCGGGGAGUUUGGACGGGCCGGACCGGGCUGGCGACGCGCACCACAGACUUGGUGCGGAGAGCAGGAACGGGCCGGACAGGGCUGACGAAACGCACCAUAGACUUGGUGCGGAGAGCAGGCACGGGCCGUGCCGGACUGACGACGCACACCACUGGCUUGGUGCGGGAAGCUUGGAUGGGCCGGACUGGGCUGGCGACGCGCACCACAGACUUGGUGCGGAGAGCAGGAACGGGCCGGGCUGGGCUGUCGACGCACACCGUAGGUUUGGUGCGGGGAGCAGGAAUAGACCGGGCUGGGCUGGCGACGCACACCGUAGGCUUUGUGCGUGGAGCAGGGACAGGCCGGGCUGGGCUGUCGACGCACACCACUGACUUGGUGGGAAUGGCAGGAACAGGCCGGGCUGGGCUGACGACGCGCACCACUGACUUGGUGGGAAUGGCAGGAACAGGCCGGGCCGGGCUGACGACGCGCACCACUGACUUGGUGGGAAUGGCAGGAACAGGCCGGGCUGGGCUGACGACGCGCACCACUGACUUGGUGGGAAUGGCAGGAACAGGCCGGACCGUACUGGGGACACACACCACUGGCCCCACGCAGGGAUCAGGAACGGGCCGGACCGGACUGGUAACACACCCCAGUACCUCUCGCCGUGCCUCCACACUUUCCCUCUCCUCUGUGCCCAGUGGCCCCCCUAACCUGGCGGCCUUCUCUGCCAACGCUUUGCACCGCUCUAACCCGUACACCUGCUGCCCCGACGUCGUGAGCCCCCCCCUAAACAUUUCCUGGGGGUCUCUCCUCUUGCCAGACUCGCAAUCAUCUCCUCCCACAUCCAUCCUCUCUCCUCGUCACGCUGCUUGAUCCAGUCGAGGUUGCCACGGAGAUCUGCCAGCGAUGGCUCCUGAACACGCUGCUUGGUCUGGUUAAGGUGGUUUCUUCUGUCACGAUCGCUUAAGGAGGAGGACCAAGGCGCAGCGUUGCGGGUGAACAUAUUUAUAUUUAUUGACUAGAUCACACGAUCAAAACAAAGAACGAAACGUGAAGUCCUUCGAUAUACAAACCAAAAGGAACAAGAGACCACAAAACACAAAGUGCAAGACAAACAGUUAAAUAUGGCUCCCAAUCAGAGACACCCAGCUGACACUCGUUGCCUCUGAUUGGGAGUCACUCAGACCAACAUAGAAAAUUAAACAUAGACUUACACACCCUGGCUCAACAUAACAUAGUCCCCAGAGCCAGGGCGUGACAAUGAGGGAAAUAAGUAUUUGACCCCUCUGCAAAACAUGACUUAGUACUUGGUGGCAAAACCCUUGUUGGCAAUCACAGAGGUCAGACGUUUCUUGUAGUUGGCCACCAGGUUUGCACACAUCUCAGGGGGGAUUUUGUCCCACUCCUCUUUGCAGAUCUUCUCCAAGUCAUUAAGGUUUCGAGGCUGACGUUUGACAACUCGAACCUUCAGCUCCCUCCACAGAUUUUCUAUGGGAUUAAGAUCUGGAGACUGGCUAGGCCGCUCCAGGACCUUAAUGUGCUUCUUCUUGAGUCACUCCUUUGUUGCCUUGGACGUGUGUUUUGGGUCAUUGUCAUGCUGGAAUACCCAUCCACGACCCAUUUUCAAUGCCCUGGCUGAGGGAAGGAGUUCUCACCCAAGAUUUGACGGUACAUGGCCCCGUCCAUCGUCCCUUUGAUGCGGUGAAGUUGUCCUGUCCCCUUAGCAGGAAAACACCCCCAAAGCAUAAUGUUUCCACCUCCAUGUUUGACGGUGGGGAUGGUGUUCUUGGGGUCAUAUGCAGCAUUCCUCCUCCUCCAAACACGGCGAUUUGAGUUGAUGCCAAAGAGCUCGAUUUUGGUCUCAUCUGACCACAACACUUUCACCCAGUUCUCCUCUGAAUCAUUCAGAUGUUCAUUGGCAAACUUCAGACGGGCCUGUAUAUGUGCUUUCUUGAGCAGGGGGACCUUGCGGGCGCUGCAGGAUUUCAGUCCUUCACGGCAUAGUGUGUUACCAAUUGUUUUCUUGGUGACUAUGGUCCCAGCUGCCUUGAGAUCAUUGACAAGAUCCUCUUGUGUAGUUCUGGGCUGAUUCCUCACCGUUCUCAUGAUCAUUGCAACUCCACGAGGUGAGAUCUUGCAUGGAGCCCCAGGCCGAGGGAGAUUGACAGUUCUUUUGUGUUUCUUCCAUUUGCGAAUAAUCGCACCAACUGUUGUCACCUUCUCACCAAGCUGCUUGGCGAUGGUCUUGUAGCCCAUUCCAGCCUUGUGUAGGUCUACAAUCUUGUCCCUGACAUCCUUGGAGAGCUCUUUGGUCUUGGCCAUGGUGGAGAGUUUGGAAUCUGAUUGAUUGAUUGCUUCCUUUGAUUGAUUGCUCCCUUUAAGAGUGUGCUCCUAAUCUCACCUCGUUACCUGUAUAAAAGACACCUGGGAGCCAGAAAUCUUUCUGAUUGAGAGGGGGUCAAAUACGUAUUUCCCUCAUUAAAAUGCAAAUCAAUUUAUAACAUUUUUGACAUGCGUUUUUCUGGAUUUUUGUUGUUGUUAUUCUGUCUCUCACUGUUCAAAUAAACCUACCAUUAAAAUUAUAGACUAAUCAUUUCUUUGUCAGUGGGCAAACGUACAAAAUCAGCAGGGGAUCAAAUACUUUUUUCCCUCACUGUAUAUUAGCGAACUUUUUUGCCCCAAAGUUAAGUGAACUAGACAUCAUAAUGCAGCUGGUUUCCUUGAUUUGACUCAAGUUGACUCAAUUUACAGUGUAGAAUAGAAUAAUUCCAUUGUGAAACAGAAAUGUGUCUUGUUGCUGUAUUUUUAUUCUCACCCUUCCGGUCUUAUUAUCCAUGAAAGAGGGAUGUUGUUGUCUUGUAUUUAGCAACUGAAUGCUAACCUGGCCAAACUAACAUCGGAGUUUGAGAAGGCCACAUCGGACAAGCUGAGGUGUCAGCAGGAAGCAGACGCCACCAAUCAGACCAUCUCCCUGGCCAACAGGUGACAUGCAGCUAUAGUACAGUACAGUACAACACAGCACAGCACAACAAAACACAACCACAGACAUGGGAUGACACUCACUGCCUGUGCCUUCCUGGCUCAAAUUCAAACUGUGUCUUUGAACAUUUGAUCUAAUUUUAGUAUAGAGAUGAUAUUUUAAGAUUUUUAGAAUUUGAAAUUAGAUCUCUGAUUUAAUAACAUUUAGUCUACCAUCUUUGAUAACUGUCAUAUUGACGCGUGUGGUGUGACUGUCUCUCUCUCUGGCAGGCUGGUGGGCGGUCUGGCCUCAGAGAAGGUGCGUUGGUCAGAGUCGGUGGGCCAGUUUAAGAUCCAGGAAAAGACUCUGAGUGGUGACGUCAUGCUCAUCUCUGCCUUCGUCUCCUACGUGGGCUACUUCACCAAGAAGUACCGCAUAGAACUCAUGGACAAGUACUGGCUGCCCUACCUCAAAGAGCUCAAGGUACACCACACAGUCCUAACCCUACCUCAGAGAGGUCAAGGUACACCACACAGUCCUAACCCUACCUCAGAGAGGUCAAGGUACACCACACACUCCUAACACUAACCCUAGCCCUACCUCAAAGAGCUCCAGGUACAACACACACUCCUAACCCUACCUCAAAGAGCUCAAGGUACACCACACAGUCCUAACCCUACCUCAAAGAGCUCAAGGUACACCACACACUCCUAACCCUACCUCAAAGAGCUCAAAGUACAUCACACACUCCUGGCUCAGCACACAAACCAUACGUCAUUAAUGGAAACAUCACAAUCAGACCCGGGUCACUGAAUGAAUAUAAUUUUAUUUUUAUUUUUUAUUUCACCUUUAUUUAACCGGGGAAGCCAGUUGAGAACAAGUUCUCAUUUACGACCUGGCCAAGAUAAAGCAAAGCAGUGCGAUAAAAACAACAACAACACAGAGUUACAUAUGGAAUAAACAAAACAUACAGUCAAAAACACAAUAGAAAAUCUAUAUACAGUGUGUGCAAAUGUAGUAAGUUAUGGAGGUAAGGCAAUAAAUAGGCCAUAGUGAAAAAUAAUUACAAUUUAGUAUUAACACUGGAGUGAUAGAUGUGUAGAAGAUGAUGCGCAAAUAGAGAAACUGGGGUGCAAAUGAGCAAAAUAAAUAACAAUAUGGGGAUGAGGUAGUUGGGUGGACUAAUUACAGAUGGGCUGUGUACAGGUGCAGUGAUCGGUAAGCUGCUCUGACAACUGAUGCUUAAAGUUAGUGAGGGAGAUAAGAGUCUCCAGCUUCAGAGAUUUUUGCAGUUCGUUCCAGUCAUUUGCAGCAGAGAACUGGAAGGAAUGGCGGCCAAAGGAGGUGUUGGCUUUGGGGAUGACCAGUGAGUACCUGCUGGAGCGCAUACUACGAGUGGGUGUUGCUAUGGUGACCAAUGAGCUAAGAUAACCUGGAGCCAGUGGGUUUGGCGAUGAAUAUGUAGUGAGGACCAGCCAACGAGAGCGUACAGGUCACAAUGGUGGGUAGUAUAUGGGGCUUUGGUGACAAAACAGAUGGCACUGUGAUAGACUACAUCCAAUUUGCUGAGUAGAGUGUUGGAAGCUAUUUUGUAAAUGACAUCGCCGAAGUCAAGGAUCGGUAGGAUAGUCCGUUUUACGAGGGCAUGUUUAGCAGCAUGAGUGAAGGAGGCUUUGUUGUGAAAUAGGAAGCCGAUUCUAGAUUGAACUUUGGAUUGGAGAUGCUUAAUGUGAGUCUGGAAGGAGAGUUUACGGUCUAACCAGACACCUAGGUAUUUGUAGUUGUCCACAUAUUCUAAGUCAGACCCGCCGAGAGUAGUGAUUCUAGUCGGGCGGGCGGGUGCAAGCAGCGUUCGAUUGAAGAUCAUGCAUUUAGUUUUACUAGCGUUUAAGAGCAGUUGGAGGCUACGGAAGGAGUGUUGUAUGGCAUUGAAGCUCGUUUGGAGGUUUGUUAACACAGUGUCCAAUGAGCCAGAUGUAUACAAAAGAGCCAGAUGUAUACAAAAUGGUGUCGUCUGCGUAGAGGUGGAUCUGAGAGUCACCAGCAGCAAGAGCGACGUCAUUGAUAUACACAGAGAAUAGAGUCGGCCCGAGAAUUGAACCCUGUGGCACCCUCAUAGAGACUGCCAGAGGUCCAGACAACAGGCCCUCUGAUUUGACACAUUGAACUCUAUCUGAGAAGUAGUUGGUGAACCAGGCGAGGCAGUCAUUUGAGAAACCAAGGCUAUGUAGUCUGCCAAUAAGAAUGCGGUGGUUGACAGAGUCAAAAGCCUUGGCCAGGUCGAUGAAGACGGCUGCACAGUACUGUCUUUUAUCGAUCAUGGUUAUUAUAUCGUUUAGGACCUUGAGCGUGGCUGAGGUGCACCCAUGACCAGCUCGUAAACCAGAUUGCAUAGCGGAGAAGGUACGGUGGGAUUCGAAAUGGUCGGUGAUCUGUUUGUUAUCUUGCCUUUCAAAUACUUUCAAAAGGCAGGGCAGGAUGGAUAUAGGUAUGUAACAGUUUGGAUCUAGAGUGUCACCCCCUUUGAAGAGGGGGAUGAUCGCGGCAGCUUUCCAAUCUCUGGGGAUCUCAGACGAUACGAAAGAGAGGUUGAACAGGCUAGUAAUAGGGGUUGCGACAAUUUCGGCGGCAAAUUUUAGAAAGAAAGGGUCCAGAUUGACUAGCCCAGCUGAUUUGUAGGGGUCCAGAUUUUGCAGCUCUUUCAGGACAUCAGCUAUCUGAAUUUGGGUGAAGGAGAAGCGGGGGGGUGGCAUGGGCAAGUUGCAGCAGAGGGUGCAGAGCUGUUGGCCGGUGUAGUGGUAGCCAGGUGAAAAGCAUGGCCAGCCGUAGCAAAAUGCUAGAUUUAUCGGUGGUGACAGUGUUUCCUAGCCUCAGUGCAGUGGGUAGCUGGGAGGAGGUGCUCUUAUUCUCAAUGGACUUUACAGUGUCCCAAAACUUUUUGGAGUUAGUGCUACAGGAUACACAUUUCUAGCCUUUGCUUUCCUAACUGAUUGUGUAUAUUGGUUCCUGACUUCCCUGAAAAGUUGCAUAUCGCGGGGCUGUUCGAUGCUAAUGCAGUACGCCACAGGAUGUUUUUGUGCUGGUCAAGGGCAGUCAAGUCUGGGGUGAACCAGGGGCUAUAUCUGUUCAUAGUUCUGAAUUUUUUGAAUGGGGCAUGCUUAUUUAAGAUGGAGAGGAAAGCACUUUUAAAGAACAUCCAGGCAUCCUCUACUGACGGAAUGAGGUCAAUAUCCAUCCAGGAUACCCGGGCCAGGUGAAUUAGAAAGGCCUGCUCACUGAAGUGUUUUAGGGAGCGUUUGACAGUGAUGAGGGGUGGUCGUUUGACCGCGGACCCAUUAUGGACACAGGCAAUGAGGCAGUGAUCGCUGAGAUCCUGGUUGUAGACAGCGGAGGUGUAUUUAGAGGGUAAAUUAGUCAGGAUGAUAUCUAUGAGGGUGCCCAUGUUUACGGAUUUAGGGUUGUACCUGGUAGGUUCCUUGAUAAUUUGUGUGAGAUUGAGGGCAUCUAGUUUAGAUUGUAGGACGGCCGGGGUGUUAAACAUAUCCCAGUUUAGGUCACCAAGUAGUACGAACUCUGAGGAUAGAUGGGGGGCAAGCAAUUCACAUAUGAUUUCCAUGGUACAACUGGGGGCUGAGGGGGGUCUGUAGCAUGCGGCAACAGUGAGAGACUUAUUUCUGGAAAGGUGGAUUUUUAGAAGUAGAAGCUCAAACUGUUUGGGCACAGACCUGUAUAGUAUGAUAGAGCUCUGCAGGCUAUCUAUACAGUAGAUUGCAACUCCGCCCCCUUUGGCAGUUCUAUCUAGAUGGAAAAUGUUGUAGUUCGGGAUGGAAAUUUCAGAAUUUUUGGUGGCCUUCCUAAGCCAGGAUUCAGACACUGCUAGAACAUCAGGGUUGGCAGAGUGUGCUAACGCAGUGAAUAACUCAAACUUAGGGAGGAGGCUUCUGAUGUUAACAUGCAAGAAACCAAGGCUUUUUUUAUUUUUAUUUUUUAUUUUUAUUUCACCUUUAUUUAACCAGGUAAGCCAGUUGAGAACAGGUUCUCAUUUACAACUGCGACCUGGCCAAGAUAAAGCAAAGCAGUGCAAUAAAAACAACACAGAGUUACAUAUGGGGUAAAAAACAUAAAGUCAAAAAUACAACAGAAAAUAUAUAUACAGUGUGUGCAAAUGUAGCAAGUUAUGGAGGUAAGGCAAUAAAUAGGCUAUAGUGCAAAAUAAUUACAAUAGUAUUAACACUGGAAUGCUAGAUGUGCAAGAAAUUAUGUGCAAAUAGAGAUACUGGGGUGCAAAAGAGCAAAAUAAAUAACAAUAUAGGGAUGAGGUAGUUGGGUGGGCUAAUUUCAGAUGGGCUGUGUACAGGUGCAGUGAUCGGUAAGGUGCUCUGACAACUGAUGCUUAAAGUUAUUGAGGGAGAUAAGAGUCUCCAGCUUCAGAGAUUUUUGCAAUUCGUUCCAGUCAUUGGCAGCAGAGAACUGGAAGGAAUGGCGGCCAAAGGAGGUGUUGGCUUUGGGAAUGACCAGUGUGAUAUACCUGCUGGAGCGCAGACUACGGGUGGGUGCUGCUAUGGUGACCAAUGAGCUAAGAUAAGGCGGGGAUUUGCCUAGCAGUGAUUUAUAGAUGGCCUGGAGCCAGUGGGUUUGACGACGAACAUGUAGUGAGGACCAGCCAACAAGAGCGUACAGGUCACAGUGGUGGGUAGUGUAUGGGGCUUUGGAGACAAAACGGAUGGCACUGUGAUAGACUACAUCCAAUUUGCUGAGUAGAGUGUUGGAGGCUAUUUUGUAAAUGACAUCGCCGAAGUCAAGGAUCGGUAGGAUAGUCAGUUUUACGAGGGCAUGUUUGGCAGCAUGAGUGAAGGAGGCUUUGUUGCGAAAUAGGAAGCCGAUUCUAGAUUUAACUUUGGAUUGGAGAUUCUUUAUGUGAGUCUGGAAGUUGAGUUUACAGUCUAACCAGACACCUAGGUAUUUGUAGUUGUCCACAUACUCUAGGUCAGACCCGUCGAGAGUGGUGAUUCUAGUCGGGUGGGCGGGUGCCAGCAACGUUCGAUUGAAAAGCAUGCAUUUAGUUUUACUAGUGUUUAAGAGCAGUUGGAGGCUACUGAAGGAUUGUUGUAUGGCAUUGAAGCUCGUUUGGAGGUUUGUUAACACAGUGUACAAUGAAGGGCCAGAUGUAUACAAAAUGGUGUCGUCUGCGUAGAGGUGGAUCUGAGAGUUUACGGUUACAGAAGUCAACAAAUGAUAGCGCCUGGGGAGUAGGAGUGAUAAUGGGGGCUACAGGGCCUGGGUUAACCUCUACAUCACCAGAGGAACAGAGGAGGAAUAGAAUAAGGAUACGGCUAAAGGCUUUAAGAACUGGUCUUCUAGUGCGUUGGGUACAGAGAAUAAAAGGGGCAGAUUUCCGGGUGUUUUAGAAUAGAUUCAGGGCAUUAUGUACAGACAAGGAUAUGGAAGGAUAUGAGUACAGUGGAGGUAAACCUAAGCAUUGGGUAACAAUGAAAGAGAUAGCAUCACUGGAGGCACCGAUUGAGCCGGUCUCCGCGUGUAUGGGGGGUGGGACAAAGGAGCUAUCUGAGGCAGGUUGAGCGGGACUGGGGACUCUACAGUGAAAUAGUACAAUAAGAACUAAGUCAAACAGCAAUAGGCAAGGCAUAUUGACAUGGGAGAGAGGGAUAACGCAAUCAUAGGUGUUAUUCGAGAGAGCUAAGACAACAACUGGUAAUGGCGACGAAAGUUUGGGCUGAGGCUAAACAGAUAAACAGGAUGGGUUACCGUUUAAAGGAACAGUCCAGCAGGCAUCAGCUGUGUAGCUGAGUGAUCAUAAGGUCCAGUGAACAGCAAUAGGUGAGUCCGGGAGCAGUUCGUAGGCUGCUACAUUACAGGUGAGCAGGAGGCAUGGCUGUUGAUUGCGUGUGCUAGCGGGCCGGGGCUAGCAGAUGGAUCUUCGUGGUCUUCACAACGGGAAGCCUGUUGAAACCACAUUAGACGAUUACGUCGGCAGACCAGUCGUGAUGGAUCGGCGGGGCUCCGUGUCAACACUAGGAGGUCCCGUCCGGUUGACAGAGAGGUAGAUAGCCGGGAGAUGGGCCUGGCUCGAGGCUAGCUCAAGGCUAACUGGUACGUGCUUCAGACAGUGGUGAUUAGCCAACAACAACAACAGCCAUUCGGUUGCAGCUAGCUAGUUGCGAUGAUCCGGUGUUAAGGUCCAGUGAUUCAGUGAUUCCGGCAGAAAAUCCGAUAUGCUCUGGGUCGAUAGCACGCUGUGCAGACUGGCCGAUAAUUGUCCAAGCUAGAGCUGGCUGGUAGGUAGUGCAGGCCACGGACAGUGGUGAAGACCGCUAACGGUGGCUAAUAGCAAGUAGCUAGUUAGCUGGCUAACUGGCUAGCUGGCUAGUUUCAGUCAGAGGUUCUUGAUAAAAGGUAUAAAGAAAUAAUAGAAUCCGUUCCACAUUGGGUGAGGCUGGUUCCAGGAAAAUAUAUUUAGUUAAAGGAUGGAAAAGUGAGAUAGAGAAGUAUAUACGAAAAAAACUACAAAAAAACAGGCUAUUUACACGAGGACACAACAGAAUACACGACCGCACUGCUACGCCAUCUUGGAUAAAUCAGUUCAACAUUACUUAAUCAUCUGAAAGGAGAUUGGCUUGCAUGAUUGUGUUCUCAAUUAAACAUUUGCUAACCAACAAAGUGAUGCAGAUGUAGUAUACUGUAGUAAUCUCCUGUUCCCCCCCUCCCUCUCCCAGGUCCCCAUCCCGAUCACAGAGGGGCUGGACCCUCUGAUGUUGCUUACAGAUGAUGCAGACAUCGCUGCCUGGAGCAACCAGGGCUUGCCUAGUGACCGCAUGUCCAUUGAGAACGCCACCAUCCUGUGCAAUACGGAGCGCUGGCCGCUCAUCGUGGACGCCCAGCUCCAGGGAAUCAAGUGGAUCAAAAGGAAAUACGGAGACAACCUCAAAGUCAUCCGGUUGGGACAGAAAGGGUCAGUCGCUGUCCUUCUCACACACAGUUCGGAUAGAGUAGCCAGUGUGUGGUCUUGGUGUCCAGGCAUUGACAUACUAUCUACCUGUGUGUGUGUGUGUGUGUGUGUGUGUGUGUGUGUGUGUGUGUGUGUGUGUGUGUAGGUACCUGGACAGCAUCGAGAGCGCUGUGUCUAACGGAGACCCUCUGCUGAUAGAGAACAUCAGUGAGAAUGUAGAACCUGUCCUGGACCCUUUACUGGGCAGGAACACCAUCAAGAAGGGCAAGUAAGUCACCACAUCAUCACCUCUAUAUACCACCUACAGCCCCCUCUCACCGCUCCCUGGGCCACUAUGACUCCUCACAAUGGAUGCAUCCCAAAUGGCACCCUAUUCCCUAUUUAGUGCACUACUUUUUACCAGGUAGUAGUGCACUCUAUAUUAUUUUGAACAGUCAAAAGUAGUCCACUACUUAGGGAAUACGGUGCCAUUUGGGACACACACAAUGACUCCACAUAGGGCAGGGAUGUCAAACUCAUUUUCCCUGCGGACCGCAUUCGGUCUUAACCGAGGUCCGGAGGGCCACACUUAAAAUGUAUUAUAUUUAUUUGCCGUAAAAAUAACAGUCCUUCAGUCUCUCUCAUGCAUUCUGUCUGCCAGGUACAUCCGGAUAGGAGACAAGGAGGUGGAGUACAGCCCUAGCUUCCGUCUCAUCCUCCACACUAAGUACUUCAACCCUCACUACAAGCCUGAGAUGCAGGCUCAGUGUACGCUCAUCAACUUCCUG